AUGGCGGAUCAACCUACAUCGAAUACUAGUAAUCCACUGCCUCACAGUCGAGGAGGAAGACAUCGUUCACGUAAGCAACAGAAGCCCUCAACGGCUGAAAGAGAGCAGAAGAAAGCAUCUCGAUUGCAGGCUUUGGGUCCAGCGGAAUCGAUAAAGGAAAAGCAGGUUAGUUAUACCUUCAAUCUGCGCGUGUAAAUGUUUAUUACAUCCUGAGGUUAGACUAGUGUCACGCCAUAAAUUCGAUCAUGACUUCUUAGUGCCGAAGGAAUGCGAAUGCGUUUUCUUCUCUAAUAUAAUUAAAAGGUUGCCUUAAAAAUCUAAAGUAUGGACGAUCGGUUUGCAUUAGAGAGUGUCCACAAUGGUUUUUAUGAGAACUCUGGAACAUCUGAGCGCGAGAAAAAAAAAUAUAUAGAACUAACAGUAAUAAAACUUUUGCAGAAAACUUUUGGUUGUCUACGCAGUUAACGUAUAUCGUUGAUAUUUUGUGAAUUGUGCCACAGGAAUUGAAAAUUUCCACAGCUGUAGAUUUACGAUGAACGAUAAAAUAGGACACGGUUCAUUUUAGCGUCCUCGUAGACGUACACUGAGGAAGUUAUGAAGGGGAGAGAUUGGUACAUUAUGGCAAAUGCAAAAAGGUGCAGAUCUGACCUUAGACCAGAGUUACAUUCGGCUGUUUUUAAAACUUCUAAGAGCUUAUGUUCUAUUUUCUCAGAACUCGAGAAUUCGAUCGGUUAUACUGUUAAUUUUUUGACUUUUGAUUUCGAGUUUCGUUUGACUUUGGUUGCAAUGGCCCGAAAGUUGUGUUAUCAUGACGUCACAUGUUAGAGAUUGUUGGUACAGCUGAUGAAGUUGUAUUUUUUCCAAUGGAACCGUUCGAUUGUUCAAUUGGACGCUGAAAAUAUAAAACGAUCAAUAAUAAAGUGAAAUUAUCGGACCACGAUGAGGAUAGUUAAUGUUGCCACACUGAACACUCACAAAAGUGGAGACUUUUUGCACCUAAACCGUACAAUCCUCUUGAAUAUUUGUAUGACAGAGAAAAAAGCUGAAUCCACUUGAAUUAAGCUUAGUAUAAAUUCUGGAGGAAGGAGGAGAAUUGGAUUUUCAAAAAUUUGUCAUUAAGAGUAAGUGACAAUAUCUUUAACAUUUAAAGUGCCGUGAUAAUAGCAUGAUUCCAAUUGGUCACUUGUGACUGAAUAACCCAGUGAUGUGACAGACCACUAGCUAUACAAACUGAACUAAAUAAAAAUAACAAUUCUUUGACAGUUGGAGGUUUCAUCUAUAUUCACACAUCAUCAUAAAGCUAGCAUUGCAUAUAUCUCUGUUAAAAAAAAAAUGUGCAGAUUAAUGCAAACCAAGAAUAUUAAAAUGAACAGGAGUGAGGCUAAGGUUGACCUUGUUAUGAAACAAACCUUGCUGCUUUUCAAAGGCAAAUUACUUUGUUAUCAUGCUAACUAGAUACUGGUCUCUAUCACAACAAGGUCACCUUCAGCCUCACUCCAAAUCAAAGGCAACUAUUAGUACACAACUGUAAAACGGCCUAUUGUCAUCCCUCCCCCUCCUCAAAACUAUCAGUACCAUUUGUUUACAUCUUGCACAGAACUUGCUUAUCCAUUGAUAAUGCAUGGUUAAGAUGGCAAUGAAAAUAAUUAUACCAUUGAAGGUAGUGCCAAAAAGAACGAAGUUUUCAGGAUUUCUUUGCUCAUAUAUCUUGUUAGACAUUUUAUUUUAUAGUAUUACUGAGUAUAUACAGACAACAAUUAAAAGUACUAAGCAAUGCUUAAUACACCAAAAGGUCUGAUGAGCUAUUUAUUAUAUGACUGCUUUAUUAUCUGCUCAUCUUACACAAGUCAGGAAAAGCAAAGCAGAAAGAGAAGUGUAGUGCAUGCAGCCGACCAGUAAAACAUGUUUUUUUUUUUUUGCAGUACAAAAUAACCUACUGUACAAUAUUGCUGGAUAUUUGCACUUUAUUGCUUAUAAUUUGUACUCUACUUUGUGCAGUUGGAUUAUGGUGAUAAUUUAUAAUCUUCAGAAUAACCUGACAUUACCCAAAUAUUAAUAAAAAAAUCAAGAAAGUGUAUUGUGGCUUGAACAAAUUGAAUGUGACUAACCCAGGAUUACAGAGGGUAUAUGAUGAGCAGAGAAUUCUCAAUGUAGUUUUCUUGUGCUUUUCAAAUAGCAAAAGGCCAGAGAGGAGCGAGAAGCAAAGCGGUCCAUGAUUGAUUUUAGACAUGAAUAUGUGAUGAGCACAGUUGCCAGUACCCUUGGGCUAACAAAUGAGGAGGUCACAGAAUCUUUACUGGAAGGGAAUCAGGUAUGUGUUUAGCAUUACUCAAGUAUAAAAUUUGAUAUGAAUGAUUAUAAAAAGUAUUUUAUUUUAAUUUUUAAUGAUGUUGUGAAUGGUAUCUAAUUACUGUUGGUGUCAUCAAUAGUAAUUAGAUGGUUAUUUGAAUGAUGCCUAUUAAUAGUGGUACCAUCAUAAUAACACAAAUUUGGUAAACAUUUGUAAUCAUUAUGGCAUUUUAAGAAAAGUAUGCAAGUAAUGAAAUCAAAACCUUGAAUUUUCCUACCAAAUAUUAUUAUCAGAAUUUAAAAUUUUGUACUUCAAACCUUCACAUCACUUUCAUUCUUAUACUACAUCUCUACAAAUAUUGAAUGUUAAACAUCAUGAUCAGUUUACCAAUGGACAGACACACUGUAGGUAACCUCAGCUCCGAAAGGGCUAAUGCUUAAAAUGUCAGCUUUGAAACUCUUUAUGGUGGCCAAUUUACAUUAUCAACUCAGUUGACGAUACCAAAUUACCUUGUUAUACACUCUUACCAACACAGCACCUUAAUUUCUUUAGAAACUUACCCCUUUAAUCAUUAACCUCAGUUAAGUAUUGCUAAGUUAGAUUGUGACAUUACGAUGAAAAUGUUCUCAUAUUGAUCAUCUCUGCAAACAUCAUCUGCUGACAGAUUGAAACCAUGGAGGAUUUUUUCAAAGCAGAUGGUCUUUCAAAGAUCAUAUUUUAUUUUCAAGAAGUGGAAACUUUACCAGAUGCAGGUGGGUUGUGAGCAUGAGAUUGUAGUAUAGAGCUUUAGGGAAAGCUUUCUCUAAAAAUGUUAUAAUUUAUGAAAAUUAAUUUUGGUAAUUCUUGGUUUUUCUACUCUACCAAUACGUCUCUUUUUCUCUACUUUAAUUUGGAAAUUGGUCAAUCAAUGCUAUCUUUUAUUUUUUUUCUAGUUUUAUUGAAACUCACUCCUUUAGUUGCUCUCCAAACUUUUAUUUGGCUUUGGAAAUCAAUAUCACUUACAGAAUUUCCAUGUAAUUUGUAGCAUUUUUUUACACUGGUGUGGAUUUAUGUUUUGAUGUACUACAUAAUAUGUAUGACUCAUUGUCAUUCUUGUUAUCAUUAUGUUCACAUCUGCAUCAUAAUAAACUCCUCAGUAGAGUGAUGUUCUUUAUCAUCAUCAUCAUCAUCAUUAUGGUUUCCUCAAGUCAAAGUUUACUACAGUGUAAUAAACUUCAAGUAAACCAUACAGCUGGCUCUCAUUGGUCAAUGAUUGGAAAAGAAUGCACUUUAUCAAACAAAUUUGGUUUGUAGUAGAUAUUAAGUCAUAACAUAACAAAAUAAACUAACUUCUUUUAUACAAUUUUAAUUACAGUUGAACAUGUCAGACUUGGGCCUGGUGGAGCACAAGCAACCAACAUUAAGACAAAACCCAAAGUGUUUAUCACAGAUACAAAGGAUAUGCAGCUCACCGGAGCAUGUGUGUUCUUCAUCAAAAUUAACCCCACAAAAGCUCUAACAAUGGCGAACAUCAGUCAGGUAAUGUUACUGAAAUUGUAUAAUUCCCACCCCUUAUUUAUAAUUUAUUUUUUUGGUGAGAAAGAUGUCCAUACAGAGGGAACAGGAGUGCAUUUCCUUUUACAAUUGUGCCAAGGCCUAAAUAAGCAUAAAAAACAUUUCAGGUAGAUUUUAAGUAUUCCGUAUUGGGUAGCUAUAGAGGAUCCUGUUGUUGCAAGAGUUCAGGUGUCAGACAAAUGGUAAAAAGCCCACAUGUCUGACAGGAGGAGGAUGAAGACCCACACACUAUCCCCCUUGGAUAUGCCACUACGGAUGGUUUUAAGUUACAUCUGAUUCAAUAAAGGAAAAAACUUAUUUUCAUUUUUGCAUCCAUGAACCUGCCCCUUCCUCCCUUGCAAGCCAAAAAAUGUAUCGAGUAUGAACAGACAGUGCUUAUAAGAAAUAAUUGAAUUAGUGAAGAGUGUGAGUGGUGGGGUUUUUUUGUUCAGUUUUCUAAUCUGUGUGUUUUAACUCAGGAAACAACUUUUGGUUUGUUGGAUACUCGUGGUGUUGGUGUUCUUCAAUCAGUUGAGAGAUUACUUGCAGAUAUCUACAUUCCUGCCCUGUCUAAAAGUUCCAACUGGGGUGAUUUAUCAGACAAACAUGGUGCAAGUGUACGACAAGGAUUCAUGAACCAACUUGACAAUUUUGUGGGUAAGUUGAUGAAAAAAUGACUCAGGUUGAUUAAUGACAUGUGUGAAUGUCAUCAGCUGGAAUGUGCCAUCAAUUAACCUUGAACCCAAACUUAACUUCAUGACUUGAACCCUUUCACUCCUAACGGAUCUCAAUAGCAAUACUCCCCACAGUUUGCAAAACAUUUCUUAUUGUUAUAUUUUCAAGAGUUUGGUAUUUAAUCCAAUGAUAGGCUCUAGUUGAUUUUUUUUCACUCUUGUCACUUUUUAGCUUGAUGGUGUAUCAGUAUGACGGGAAGAUAUCUCGUUUUGAUCUCUCUAAGAAGUGACAGGGUUAAAGCAGUACUGUACAGUACAUGAAAUAUCUGUAAAAUUUAUUGUUUCAGUUUUUAUUAUCAUAUCUGUAAAAACUUUCGUGUUUACUGGGUGAAUCAUAGCCAUUGUAGCUUUGAGUGGGAAGAAUUAACGAGUAGGCUGUCAUAUCCCUCCAAAAGCAAAGGAUGAAAAGUGAAUAUUCUCUUCAUUUUAUGUGAAUCAAGUACACGGUGGUUUUGCUGCAGUUUUUGACGUCAUUUCUUUGAUCUGUGAUAGCAAUAGACGAUGGUCAAUUUGCUAAGCAUUAUUUUAACAGUGAAAAUGACAUCUGUUCCACUGUUUAAGGCUUUAAGAUGUCAAAUCAAUUAGUGUAAACUAAGAAGAGCAUGUAUCGAAAGCUGGUUGAUUUUAAACUCUCACAAGCUAAUAUUUGUAGCAACGUGCAUUUGAUAUUCCAUAGUUUGUAGUUCAUCUUGAUCUCUUGUACACUUCACUAUUCAGGUAUUCUGGCUAGUGCACAGGCCAGUCUAGAUGAUGCAGUGAGCCUUAAGGAAUGUGACAGCAUUGAUCUUACGAGGAUAAGUUCUCCUAAUGAUUUCAUAGCAGCUGCUAGCUCCAGCGAGACGCUUGAGCAGAUUGAAGAGAUUGUUACGGCUUGGAUUAAACAGAUCGAACAGGUUCGUGCGUAUUCCCGGAAAGUAUUUUCUAGAAAAAGAUGUAAACUUUCUUUCUGAGGUUUUGAGGAGCCGGUCCUUUCAAAAAAGACUGGUGAAGAUUUCCGAAGAUAUGUCCGUAAGGGUUCUGACAGCCUCCUGUCUAAUGCUUUCCCUUCCAACUUUCGAAGUUUCAGAGAGAGUGUAAUAAUCUGCGAAGUAAACCUAUAUCUCUUCUCAGAUCGGCUUAAGCCUAUUUCACUCAAAGAAUGUUUUUAAAAUGUUUCACUUAAGGCGGAAAAAGCGCCUGUUUUCUCAUUACGUGUAAGAAUAGAAGGGCUGGCAUGAGCUCUUGUGAAAUCGAAAUCUUUUAAUCCGUAGACGCGAAAAUUGUUAUGUAAAGCUGGUGCGUAUUCUUUAGAUAUAAAUUUUUUGUGGGUGAAAGGUUUCUGGGCCUCUUUUUAGGUUGAAGGCUUCUGUGCUAAAAUCAGCAAGCUUAAGUCUUCGAUUUUAGUUCGAAUGGGGGCAAUCCACAUGCGUCAAUGUGGCCUGAAAGAACGCCCAGGGUUUUACAUCCUAAGCCUGAGCACUUGAACGAAUUGCUCUAUGAAUUGAUAGGAUGUCACAGUGCCAUUUUCAAGAUCAAAUCAAUUGUGCACCGAUCAAGGAAGUAAGAUCCAAGUUUCUCGCCCCAAUCGUGCACUACACGCUUCUGUAUGAGGAAAACUUCUAUCACCUGGCGGCACAACCCUAAAGCUCGAUGGGGUUAUGCUUAUAUGUUAAACUCGAGGCUUUUUUUCCCUUUCCAGGUUUUGGCAGAGAGUGAACAAAUGAGGAAAGAGGCUGAUGAUGUCGGCCCCAAAGCAGAACUAGAUCACUGGAAAAAAAGAAUGGCUAAGUUUAACUCGCUGCUGGAUCAGAUCAAGGGAACAGAAUGUAAAGCAGUGGUUGGGGUUCUCCACGCAGCCAAAUCUAAACUACUAAAGGUUUACGAGAUAUUUUAGAAAGUUUUACUUCAUUUUGCUCAUUUGUUUUACGUGAUCCGUGACCUGCUCUAAUGCCUUUCCUUCCAAAGUGUUAAGCUAUCUACUUUGAAUUGUACGGCCUCUACAAACUUUACAUCAUUGAAGUAUAAAUUCUGAUCGUAACAUCCUAUCAAAUUGAAUUUUUUUCGUAAAACUGUCGCAUUUUUCACAGACUUGGCGAGACAUUGACAGCAGAAUAACAGAUUAUGCCAAUGAAGCAAAAGACAACGUGAAGUUCCUCUACACAUUGGAGAAAUUCUGUGACCCGCUUUACAACAGUGAUCCGGUAAGUAACUGCGAUUGUCACAUGCAGCAACUGAAGCGUAGUUCGAAUGUCGAACUUUUCAUGUACUCAGAUGUACCGAACUCAAUUCCUUUAAUUAUAUGUGAGAACACGAAAAGUACGAUUUUUGAAUCACUUCAGUUCGAUAUAUGUAAAGAAUCCAGCUGAGAAUUAAGCUCAAGUGGUUGGCAUGGGAGGUGCGACUGUGAAUGGACUCCGAUUUUUAUGUUACACUAUUCAUGCGUUGCUUAUAACGAAGGAGCCGCUUUAAAAUCUUUUUGCGUCUUUUUGCGUCUUUUAGCUAAAACACAUGCUCAACUAAUCAUUUAACUUCUACAUCUGAAUCAACCGCCUGAUUUUAUAAUUUAGGUCGACCAAAUAGGUACGUCCAUGAAAAUUUUACUUUUGAGCCGAGAAUGAAAAUGUUUCUUUCCCUCUUUCAUGUAUUUGUGUGUUUGUUAGGUCGGUAUGAUGGACGGGAUUCCAGGUCUUAUAAACGCCAUUCGCAUGAUUAACAGCUACUCAAGAUAUUACAACACGUCCGAAAGGAUGACGGCUUUAUUUGUUAAAGUAAGUGUUAAAGGAAGGGUGAGGUGACUCACCCACUACGCUGUUGUUUGAAAAUUGACGAUCUGGUCGCCAAGUUGCUCGGUGCAAAGGGUUCCCUUAACCCUUAAACCCUAAGAGUGACUAGCAUCAAAUUUCUCCUUACAAUAUCACCCCUGAAUCACACGUUAAGGUCAUGAGAAUGAAGGAAAUGAUUACUAACGAGAGAAGCUUUUGAUUGGUAAACAAAUUCUCCUUGUCAUCACCUUAGGAAAUGUAUGAAGAGCAGUCUGGAGAAUAUGCAUGUUCAUUUUAGGAUGUAAAGGGUUAAGUUAUGCCAGCAUUUGAAAGACGUGCAAUCAUCGUUAACACAUAUUAUCAACUAAGGGCACAUAUUAUCAACACCAUCUUCACUUCGGAUAGUGUUUUUGCUCACAAGCGAUAAGGGUGGCUGGUAAAAAAAGAACACGAAAUUGCAAUUGCCCAGUACAGUGCCCUCUUUUAAUCAGACCUUGAACGGUUGAUCCAUGAUACAGAACCUCAUAUUUGGGAAGUUAAUGACCAGUCAGGUACAAGAAAGGCCUAUUUUAUUUUACGGUAGCCGUGUUUUACAACAAAAUUUUCGUGUUUGCUCACUUUUUUAGUACUUGUCGAUUGAGUUUUCACAGCCCCCAAACAAAACCGACUUUAAGUACUAGGAGCUAAUGGGUGAGACGGCCUGAAAGGUCGCGAAAAUGCUAAUAUCCAGGUCACGAUUGGGUUUAGCUUGAAACUUGAUUGGUCGAGCAGGUGGCGCGAGUUUUGUACACCAAUCAAAGAGCGCUUGGCUGAUCCCGGCACUUAAUCGAGAAUUACUCUGUUUCAUUCCUUCAGGUCACAAAUCAAAUGAUCACGGCGUGUAAAAACUACAUCACAGAGCAUGGGUACAAGACAGUGUGGGAAUACCAACAGGAGGAACUUGUCGAAAAACUGAAAAACUGCAUUCGAUUAAACGAAGAAUACCAAAGAUGCUUUCAGAAGACUAAACAGCGACUCGAGCAAAACUCGGAGGAAAGACAAUUCGAGUUCAGCGAAAUGUACAUUUUUGGCAAAAGUAACACCUUCUCACGCCGAUUGCACAAGAUCAUUGAUAUGUUGGAUACGAUGAAAGCGUUCUCAUGUCUCGGAGAGUCAAGGAUAGAAGGCAUGGAACAGCUUUGGAACAAAUUUGUUUUAAUUGUCACUACCAUGAAAAAGAAACCAUACGACCUGCUGGACUAUCGAAAGAUGGACUUUGAUGCGGAUUUUGAGGAGUUUAAAAGGCAAAUUAACGAUCUACAGGUAAAGUGAUGUUGCUUAAAGAGUAUCUACCUUAUGUAGGUUGUAGCUGACAAUCAGGAAAUAAUUUUAAUUCUCUUUACAGCUCAAGCACAAAGCUUUCGGUAAUAAUGAGUUUUAAACAAUGAGUUUUUACGACCUGGGUCCACUGCGCUUUCACUCGCAACUUCAUACAGAAGUUUUAUGAGACAUUCCAAGUGUUUAUCAAAAAACGCUAGAUCCAAUAUGGGUAUCGGGUAUAUUUUAUUCCGCAUGCCAAAAGGAUCGCGUGUUUUCCUGUUUAUGAUCUCUCCACCUUACUCGACGUCAACCCCCAUCUUUUCGACCAAAAUGAGAGUAUACAAAUGUGUUUAUAUGCCAAGUAGAUUGCAUGCAGGCGUGGAGAGUGCUGGUCAUCAAAGAACAUUGCAGUACUAGCGGUGUACACAGAAUAUACAGGGAAACACGAGCGCGUCAUAUAUCACCCUUGUCAGCUGGGAGUUUUUUUUUUGGGGGGGGGGCUACAUUUAGAUUUGUCACAUCGAGGCAGAUGUUUUCUGAAGUCUUCAAUGUACCACGUCGGUAUUCAUGCUGUUUCAACAACGAUAACAACAUUUUCUUUACCACGAUAUGACUUUACUUUUUUUAAAGAAUUCCAUAGCAAUUAGAGUCGUACGAUUUUAAUGGAAAUGGUUGAAACCUCUGAACAGGUUCAACUGCAGAUUUUCAUGGACAACUGCUUUGAUCGGAUUCCUUCGACCCAACGUGCCUUGAGGUUAAUAAGGAAAUUCGAGAGGUAAGUGAUGAGCACCCUUACCUCUCAAGCAUUAUUACAUCACCUCUGGUACCUUACACUUUUGAAAGCUAAUCGCCACACGAGAGAAAUAGAAAGGUUUUUGCCAGCUCGAAAGUCGUGAUAGACUUCUUAGAAAUGCCACGCCUAGAGCAUUAUUUUCGAGUCAAGGUUUCCAAGACGGAAAAAUGGAAACUUAAGAAAGCAUGGAUAGGAUAAUUCAUUCCGCCCUAAGAACAAAUCAGAAUGCUAUAGUCGUUACCGAGCCUUCUUGGAAAAACAUUAGAAAGUUUCUAUUAAGGUAACUUGCGGUUGUAUUUCCAGAUAUUAACACGCCAGCAACAAAUGUUUUCAAACCCUCUGUCUAGAUUCGUCGACCCAGCUCAACAUUAAACAUUUAAGCUUUUCUAUCGACUUUUCUGAUCUCACGGUAUGCAGUCUGUUUAGGAUAUAAAAGGUGGUGCAUGGCCUCGCUCACGAAAGAGUUUUUAGUAGUCUAGUUGGCAGAGCUUCUGGACCCGAAAUCAGAGGGUGUGAGGUUAGAGUUCUCACGAGGACCUCUGAUUUUUACCAGUCUCUCGCCUGCGCAGAAGUGUUAACAUUUCUCUAAUCAGCUACCAUAGGGUUCUUUGUAGCUCACUGUUAAAGCAUCGGAGCACGGAAUCAGGAGGUCUGAGUUCAAUUUAUCAUAGGAACCAAGAUUUGUUUUUCUUUAUCUAUGUUUCUAUGCUUGUGACAAUAUAAAUAACAUCCUCUCAUAUUUGUUUGUUUGUUUGUUUUUUCUCGUAGACUUUCCCUAGACAGCUUGAAGGACACGAUUCAGGAGAAAUACGAGCGAAUCCUGAUGUACUAUGGCCGCGACAUUGACACCAUACAAAAGAUUUACCAGAGACACCGUAAUGAUCCACCGGUGGCCUGGGAUUUACCACCAAUAGCGGGCAAGAUAGCCUGGGCCCGACAGAUGUACAGAAGGAUUCAAGAACCGAUGGAAAUGUUUCAAAAGUAUCCCACAAUCCUGCAGACGCCUGAGGCCAAGAAGACCAUUAAGAACUAUAACAAACUUGCUAAAGUGUUGUUAGAAUUUGAAGUGUUAUACCAUCAGGCAUGGAUGAAGCAGGUAUGAGGGAUAGACAUCAAGCCCGUGUAGUAUUUUGGUUUUGUAUGCUUGAUAGUUGAUUCUUGCCAGACAGGCUUCGAUGAAAAUUUGUUGCAGUAGAAUUUUACCUUAAUCUCGUACAGUUUCCUUGACAAGCCAUGUACAAAUUGUUGGUUUGCUCCUUUAAAAAAUAUAAUUUAAAUGGCGUCUCGUGCAAUGAGUUUUUUUUUUUAUCAGGUUGCAGUCCAUAGCUUUUGAAAUUAUUAUUAUUAUUGCCGUACCCUUAACAGGUCGAAGUGGCAAAGUCUGGUUUACAGGCCUCCCUCCUCGUGCGCCAUCCGGAAACAAAAGAACUCUUUGUGAACUUUGACCCUCAGAUUCUAACCCUCAUCCGUGAAUCUGAGUGUAUGGUGCGCUUAGGCUUGGACAUUCCAUUUGGUGCGCAGACCCUGCUCCAAAAGAGUCAAACGAUUAAGAAGAACUACAAUAGAUUACAGGUAAAUACCGAUGCCCCUCGCAGGACAAUUAAUGAAGAGUAUAAAUGUAAUAGUGAAACCACAUUAACGCGACCGCCGUCAUGGCUUGAAAAUCGGGUACAUUAGACGGGGUCGGCUGUCAAGUUUUCAGUUAGUUUUGGGAUUCCGAAUCACAAAGUUGGGUUUCGAGGUUUGGCCGGGUCAUUUUUGUUGUGUUCAUUCUCCCAACGCCUUUCACUGCCCAUGAGUAGAAUUGGUAUCGGUAAGCUGUCGGAGAAAUCUAACUAAACCCUGAUUUGUAAGAAUUAGAUGCAAUGGCAAGCUUGUGAGGUCUUUGCUUUGACUUGUGAUUGUUCACCUUUUCUAACAAAGAGGGCAAAAUUUCUAAAUGCAGAUUGGCUAAGACAGAUGGCAUUUUUUAUUAAUUUUAGUUAUUGCCCAAGGCAAAGUUGAUUGAAAUUGAUUGGUUCUUAGAUUGAUUAGGUCCUUUAUUACCUUCUUAAUAAAAGAACAUUUUGGCCUUCUUAUUAUAAACAAGUAAUUGCGUGUAUCCUCGUAAAAUGAUGGUUUUAUAUUCCUUGCGUUUUCAGAAAUUUCCCAGUUGCGCGUGUUAUUAAUCCUUAAUUUUACUCAGCCCCAUGGGAUUUCCUAAACUUACUUGUCCCAUUUUCAAAUGGUUUAAGGUUGAGGUGACGGAAUCGACAAGUGUCUUAUAGCUUGCGCUUGGGCAAAAAGUGUCGUUGAUUUCCAAUAGGAACCAAGUGAAACUUAAAGCUUUUCUUACACUCUUUAUAGCUGUUGUUAUCAGAGAGUGUUCGGGUUCUGGCAAGGAUACCUCCGGCAUUUAAACCGCUUAUGUCGCCGCAUCUGGCCAAAGUAGAUGCAGCAAUCGAGCCCGGGCUGACCAUGCUCAACUGGACAUCUCUCAGUCUGGAUGUCUACAUGGAUAGUGUCUAUGAUGCUUUCAAGGAACUAGAGCUGCUGAUUGAUCGAGCCAAUGAUUUGGUGAAGUUUCGAAUAGAAGCUGUUUUGCAAGAGAUGAGCAAUACGCUGCUUUGUGAGUUACCGAGCGAUGCGCCUUGGACUGUGGAAAGGUUUCUUAAAAAUACCGAGGUAAGCAAGUGUGAAAAGUGUGAGGUUAAAAGAGUGCGCUAAUUUUUAUCUCCCUUGGCUAUUGAGGUGGAAAAAUUCUUUGAAAGAAUUUUGGUCUCAAAGAUGUAAAAAGGUACAUGGGUCUGUAAGCAGGGGGUUGGAGGGAUCUGCCACAGUUUAUCUACAUUUAGAUUAAUAACAUUUGGCAUCAUACACUUGUAUCUUAAUUUACAGGAUCUUUGCAAGCGAGGUUCUGAAUUACUGGAAUCAAAAAGUGCACGAGUGGAAGAAGCUGCCAAUGAAUUGAUCACAAUGCUGCUAGAGCUUGAAGAGGAAGACCAAGAUGACCUUGACAGCGACGAGGACCAAGAAUACGAAGACUUUACAAAAGACCAGGACGAUGGAGAACACGACAAAGUUGUUCCCAGAGGAGAGAGUGCACGCAGUCGUCCCCGGACGGGUGGUAGUCGACCAGACAGUCGCUCUGCUGGCAGUCGAUUGGGAAGUGCAGUUAUUAGCCCAGCGGCUGCAGCGGCGAAGCGUAAGCGCGAGAUACGGGAUCAGCUAAAUAUGGAAGCUCAGGAAUUGUUGAUGCAUUUUAUUCACAAGAACAUUGACGCCAUUGUGCGCGUUACAAGAACAACCUUGGAUGGUAUGCGCAAACGCGUACAAGCUGCUCUAUCGCAUCAUUAUCUUGAGAACAGUGGCUCGUUAGGACAAGGGAAGGAUUCUGGACCUGAUCUAUCGCCGCUCUUCUCGGCGAAUGUGACUUUACAGAUCCCGAACAUAACCAUGCAGCCGGCUUUGGACGAGAUCCAACAAGGGUUAAACAAAGCUGCCCAGUAUGUUGUAUCUGUGUCCAAAGGUAUCUCGCAGUGGUGCAAGACUUGCAAAGCACUUAUUAAAGUGGAAAAGAAAGACAAAGACGAUUCUGAUAACGAGGCUCGAAGUCGCUCGGCGAGCAAUGCAGGCAGCGAUGACGAAAGCCGAUCCGACGUCGCGCCUUCCCGACGAGUCACGAGAAUGCCCGCCGAUAGUGAUGCUGGUACCGUUGUUAGCAUGGCAAUAUUUCCGCAGAAGGCUAAUUACUUCAAAAAUGUCGCUGAAAACAAAGAAAUCGCUAAACUUGUGUCUUUCCUGUCAACGGCGAUUAACUCUCAGAAAAAGGAUGUAACCACAGCCUUGGACUUUUUCAGCAAAUAUGAGUCUAUCUGGAGGGAAGAUCGAGAGGAAGACAUUGCUAAGUUUUUGGAGACUGACCCCAAGUUGUCAGAGUUUGAGGCUCAGAUCUUGAGGUACAAAGCCUUGGAGGACACAAUCAUGAGAGAGCCUGAAUCUUAUAAGGCUGGAGCCGUAUCGUUGUUCACAGGUAUUUUGUUACCAAGAUAGAAUUUUCAACGUAUGGUUGAUAAUGUGGUUAAAUCAGCUGAGUUGAAAUGUGAAUUUGCCGCCUUAAAGAGUUUCUAAAGCUGUCGUUUGGAGAGUUUGUCUUGGUCAUUCGGUCAGCUUUUGAGACCCUUUACGGAGGCCAAUUUCGUCAUCAACUCAUUUGGUAAAACCAAAUUAUCUUGUAAUACCUUCCACCGACGCAGCAUCACAGUUCUCUAAAAACUUUCCCCAAUGGUUGAGUUUGUUGGCUCAUCGAGGGUUAACUGUCUUGAAAUUCUGGAAAGCAUUUAUUCAACCAUUUGUGGAGUUCGUUUCACAUAUUGACCGUCAAGUGAGAGAUUUCAAACUGACAAUAUACAUAAGGGUCGUUUUUGUUUAGCUUUGUCUUUCUCUUGUGCAGAACAACUCAAAACAGCGCUUUGUGCGGAAACCAGGGCUUGGUGCGUGGCCUUUGGCCGAAACUGUAACGUCAGGUACCGGACAGAAAUGGAGGAAAUGUUCACCUUUAUUGAGGAUAUCACGAAACGUCUCAGUCGACCAAUCAAAGACCUCGACGACAUUCGGCAUGCCAUGGCCGCACUGAAGGAGAUCCGAGAUAGGGAGAUUAUGAUUGACAUGUCCAUUGGACCCAUCGAGGUUAGUGCAAUUGGUUCCUAAAUCCGUGAUGUAUCACAAAAAACUUCAACGACUUAGUCGAGCCACAGAGAAACUUUCGAAUGAGAUUCGUUAGUGAUCCUAGACUGCUUUAGUUUUGCUUUGCCUCGCUCUGUUAUAGGUCAAGAAAACUUGGUAGGUCAUCCGGCCUGUCAACCAAUCAGACGCAAAACAAGCACAAAACGCGACUUUCUCACUCACUUUAUCCCGAAUUUAUAGCAGCUCACUUGUAUUUUACGUUGAGUUCUCAUUCGCUUCUUGUAGUACGUGCCUUUUUGUUUCUGCUUUGCGACAAUGAUUUCAAACAGUGCGCAUGAAAGGUCCAGACCGCUAGAAAACGUAUGGAAACAAGACACAUCUGAUUGGUGAACCAAAAUGUUUAAAAAGUUCAUUUUCGACGCCAAUCGUAAAACGCAAGUUAGCACCACGAAAGGUCUAAUUACUGAAAAUAGUUCUAUCAGGUUGGAUGGGCACAAGAAAAUAUAGAACUUUAUAAGGUGCGGGUAAACGACUUCUCGAAUUCAUUUUUCUUUGAACUCAUUUUGUUUUCAGGAAUCGUAUGCGAUGUUGAAUCGUUACGAGUUAUUGGUCGCCAAAGAGGAGUCAGAAAGGGUUGACACGCUUCGCUACUCGUGGCAGAAACUUCAGUCUCUAGCGGUAAAUAUAUAUUUUAGAAUUUUUUGUCUUGGUAAUGCAUUACACGUGAUAUUUUAAAAUCUAGAGUGUCUUUUUUUCUUUUUUUUCUCCAAUUUGUACAACAGCUCCAGUAUCAGUUAUAAUUAAAACUUUUUGGUUUAACAUGGAAGUUGGGAGGAAAAAUUGAGCGGGCUAGAUGAGACUUAAGUGUCUUAAGGGGUAAUUAUAAUGAUUAAUCGCCCGAAACAUUUAUUGAAGCACGACCAACUUAAGAAAUGGAUUGAGCACGAAGGUUUGUCAACAAAGCUUCUCAGAAAUGCGAUGUCUUCUUGUGCUUCCGUUCCAUGACACCUGCUUCCAGAGUAGCUCAAAUGUCAUUGUUGUGUUUGGGUUGCAAUAACGAUGCAGAUAUCCUAAGUGAAUUUGGGAACUCGAGCUUAUACAGCAUGUUUUCUCUGCUAAAGUCGUCAAACAAAAAUUCAAUUUAACCUCAACGUUUGCUGUUAUUCUGUGCAGACGGAGUCUCAAGGACAGCUCAUUCAAAUUCAGCCUAACUUCAAGGGAGACCUUAUCGACAAAGUGCAGGUUUUCAUCGUGGAUGUCUCUUCAUUUUCAUCAGAUUACCAUUCGGUAAGAGGUCGACUUCAUUCGCCCUGUCAUUUGCAUGUGCAUGUAUUCGCCCUGUCAUUUGCAUGUGCAUUUGCGUCGCAUAUGACUUGUUAUUAUUAUUCUUUUGCCAGAGUCGGCGUAGAUGAUUACCUGAAGGCGCUCGUCAUAAAGUUUGAAAUGCCUGGGUCCAAGUCAUAUACACUGCCUUACAAUUAUAAUUUUUUCUUGGUUUUCCUAAGUUCAUUUCCGCUGCUGCGAUUCUUAACAUUGAUAGCCAAAUGGUUGCCCUUCACCGUUUUAACCAAUAAUAUUGAUUCCAUUUGUUAACUUUUUCACAGUGUCUCCAAGUACCUCGAAGGUGUGUGAUAGGUUGACCCUUCAAUCGCGGUUUUUUUUUUACCCUUUUAAUUUAUGUACUAAUUAAUAUAUUUAUUUACAACUCCUUUUUUUUUCAGACUGGCCCAAUGGUUCCAAAUGUCCCUCCACGUGAAGCUAGUGACCGACUGAUCAUCUUUCAGGUUAGUUCGUAUGAAGACUGAAACCGCAGCCAGAAUUCCUAGCAGCCUUUUUCGAACUUUAUUUUAUUGAGUGAUCGUAUUCGUUAUUACAACGUACCUGCCAGGGCCUCGUUGUAUAAAAGGCGGAUGAUGCUAUUCAGCGGAUAAAUGGUUAUCCAGCGGAUAAGUUUUAAGAUAAGCCUAAGAUAAUUAUCCUUCCCUAGUUCAACUACUUGCUAGAAAUUUCCCUGAAAUUAAUUGAUGCAGAGGAGAGUAGCUGAGUGAUAAGGAUAUCGUGUUUUACAAAUAUUGCACGUAAAGAAGGAUGAAAAACAUAACCCCUUGAGUAGCUGAGUUUUCUCCUUUUCUUCAGGCAGACUGGUCUAAAUCUUUCCAAAGUUCCACAGUCUAUACAAAGACUGUCCUACUGGAAGGAAAGUAGUCUUUUUGAAAUAUUUGUUUUUUUUGUCGUCUUCAUGCAGAAUCGAUUUGAUGCUCUUUGGCGUAAAUACAUCACAUAUUCCGGAGGAGAAGAGCUAUUUGGGCUCUCUGUGACAGAAUACCCAGACCUGAUGCAGAUCCGCCGAGAACUGAAUCUUUUGCAAAAGCUCUACGGCCUGUAUAAUGACGUCAUUGACACUGUGAAUGGAUAUUAUGAUAUCCUGUGGGUUGACGUCAAUAUAGAAAAGAUCAACAUAGAACUACAAGACUUUCAGACACGGUAAUGCUUCAGUUAAAUAGCUCACUGGAAAGUUUUGCUAACAUAAUUUUUAGAUUACCAGGGAGGGUAGGCUGGUGAUUUCAACAAGAGGGAGCGGGCGCUACACAGCGUAUAACUGGCAUUUAAAGGGAUGUCUGGUUGUUUUAUCAUCACGAGUUACAACUUUUACUUGUCCUAGAGGAUCUCAGGCACUAGGACUAUUUGCAGGAAAUAACUUAUUAGCAGUGGGGAUUUCAAGUGAGCCUGGAUGUUUUUUUUCUUGCUAUAAAUAAACUACAAUAGCAAAUCACACCAGAGGGUUUUUUCGAAAACAAGCUGGCCUAGACGAAGGGCCUCAGUGGUGCGCUGAACUCUGAAUCGGAAGAACUGAGUUCGAGCCCCGACAGGGGGUUAUUAUGUCGUGUUCUUAGACAGGACACUUAACUCUCACCCUCACAGUGCCUCUCUCUUAAUCAGCGUACUGUCACGGAAAACUGACGAAAUGCUGAGGGGUUAUCUGCAAUGCGGUCGCACCUCAUCAAGAUGGAAACACCUAGAAGCGCUUGAUUGUAACGAAACCGGGAUGAGCUGCCAUGACAUGGCCUGCUUUGCUUGUGCGCAGAUUUUACCUUUACCGUGAUCUUGAAUUCCUGGAAAGCGUUAGUAUUCAAUGUAAACUCUGAAUUUUCCUUUCCACUAGAUGCCGUAAGCUCCCUCGGGCCCUGAAAGACUGGCAGGCCUUCCAGGAUUUGAAGCAAACGAUCGAUGACUUCAAUGAAAGCUGUCCGCUGCUGGAACUGAUGGCGAACAAAGCCAUGAAACAGAGGCAUUGGGACAGGAUAGCUGGACUGACAGGACACACAUUUGACAUGGAGUCAGAAACAUUCUCACUGAGAAACAUCAUGGAGGCACCUCUGCUGAAGCACAAAGAGGAUAUUGAGGUGUGCACCCAAUGGAUUGUGUCAUUUUCAUUAUUGUUUUCUUGAUGUCCCCAGAGAGGUUUUUAUGGCACAGGCUAAAGAUGGCUAAGCAGUCUGAAGCAAUGGAAAUUUUGUUCCAUGAAGUGUCUUGCUAUUUAACCUCUGCCGGUCAGAUUUUGAACAAGGAGUGGACGUUUAAAAUCUUCCAGUGUGAAUGGCUCAACAAGAAAACUGUUCAGGGUUGAAAGGGAAAUUCACCGCAGCAAGUUUUCUCUUACAAGCAGUUUUAAAAAUUCUCUUUUUCUAUAAAGUGAACAGUUUUUCCUUGUCAAGGUCUUCUGUGUCUUAACUUAAUCGUUUAAAAUCGGUCUUCACUCUCUGCAGGAUGUUUGCAUCGCUGCAGUCAAAGAGAAAGACAUAGAAGCCAAGCUUAAGUCAGUUGUUGCUGAUUGGAGUACAAGGGAGCUGACUUUCGCAAAUUUCAAGAAUCGUGGCGAACUGUUGUUGCGGGGCGACAACACAUCGGAGAUUGUGGCGUUGAUGGAGGACAGUCUUAUGGUGUUAGGCUCUUUGAUGAGUAACAGGUAAGAAAAAUUUUUACAGCUUAAUGGAUGACGUGGGAGACUUGGUGGCCUUGAUAUUAGCCCGCUGUGUUUAGGAUCGAAAAACAUGUCAAUGUGUCCAGGCUUGGCACUUUGUUCUCUCAGCGCCUCUCUCCAUUCAGGAGUGUAUAUGAAUACCGGCUUAUUUGUUUGGGAAACCAGACGAAAUGCUUAGGGGUAGCCUGUAAUAGACGGUUUCGCUAAUCAGGAAGCGUAGCAAUUACUCCCGGUCGCUUUGAAACCGGAAUAAGCUCUGGAAGCUGUUGGGUCGGUUAAAUUAAAGCGAUAACUUGCGAAAUGUGACGGCAAGUUUGGGCCAACAGCUAUUACAAUUAAAAAUGUGUCAGAUAUGUGCAUUAAAUGACUCGUAUAAUUCUAAACACUUAGGUACAACGCUCCCUUCAAAAAGAAUAUCCAGAGCUGGGUACAGAAGCUUUCCAACACAACGGACAUCAUAGAGAACUGGCUAACGGUUCAAAACUUGUGGAUUUAUCUCGAGGCUGUUUUUGUUGGUGGAGAUAUUGCAAAACAGCUACCGAAGGUUUGUCUCCGUCUAGACAAGAUGCUUUUCCAAGCUGCUCUCAAUAUUAGUCUAUAUAAACAUAUUUUUUUGGGUUUAUUUUUUCUUUUAGGAAGCCAAGAGGUUUCAGAACAUCGACAAACAGUGGGUGAAGAUUAUGACUCGCGCACAUGAGAAUGCCAAUGUAGUGCAAUGUUGUGUGGGGGACGAGACCCUGGGGCAGCUGUUGCCACAUCUGCUGGAACAACUAGAACUUUGUCAGAAGUCGCUUAGUGGGUAGGUUGCGAUUCUCUACCUUAUUGUCUUUCUUCUCAGUUGCAAUGACGUUGUCUUCGCGUUAUUGCGGAAAAACACAACUACAUGAUCGAUAUAUGAAUUUUAUGUUUCCUUAUAAACAAUUUUUUGUGUUACUUUUUAGGUACUUGGAGAAGAAGCGUCUGGUCUUUCCAAGGUUUUUCUUCGUUUCUGAUCCGGUCCUGUUGGAAAUCCUUGGCCAAGCAAGUGAUUCUCAUACUAUUCAGGUAAACAUAAUUUCUGAACAAUAGAAUAUGUGGCUUCAACUGUAGUGCUAGUCUAUGUUUGCUACAUUUGGUACGCUUUUCACCGCUGAGGCCACUUUUACGAUAUCCAAAGCCCUUGUUUAAAAAGAGGGUUUCAUGAGAAAAUUUAGAAUUUGAUCUCAUUUUGAAAUUAGGGACUUUUGGAAUUUUGAAAUUGCCUGUAAGUAUUGAUUUAGAGAUACUAUAUCUACAACAUAAGCCAAUUUACUUUUUGACGAUUCCAAACAGUUUUGUGUAUAGAAGUCGUUAAGUAUUGUUACUGUGUUUCCGUUUCUAGGCUCACUUAUUAAACGUGUUCGAUAACACCAAGAAUGUUAAGUUCCAUGAGAAGGAUUAUGAUCGUAUUCUGGCUGUUAUCUCCUCCGAGGGAGAAACAAUCGAGGUAAGAAAUACAUAAUCAAAACUUUCGAGUAAUGUUAUCACAGUAUAAUUUUUACUGAUCAUGCAAUCUUCGAGAAACUGCCUCCAGUUUAGUAGGUAAAAGCAGUUGUUAGAGAUCGUUUCGAUUGAGUGUCGUAAUUUUUAAAUCCAUUUAAAUCCCAGAGAACAAACGACAAGCAAUGUAAAGAAAAAUAUGCAAAUAUUUUCGACGCUCAAUUAGAAAUUGGUAAAAAUUCAGUGACAAUAAAAGCUUUUUCGACUCCUAAUUGAAAUUUCUUUGUUGAUGUUGUAGCUUGAGAAACCUGUUAUGGCUCAAGGUAAUGUUGAAGUUUGGCUGGGCACCCUGCUAGAAAUGUCGCGCAAGUCAGUUCAUCACGUGAUCCGGACUGCGCACACCGCUGUACAAGAUCAAGGUUUCAAUCUUCUGGAGUUUCUCAAUACGUUCCCAGCUCAGGUGCAUUUGCUUUCCUCUUACUAUUCUAUAUAAUGAACUUGACCGAUGAUGGGAGUAUGCCUAUUGAAUUAUGAUUAUCCGGACAAUAUAGAGGAAAGAACAACUUGGGGUAAAGGAUCGAAAAUCUAGCGCAACACAAAACUGAGGAGGAAAACGAGGAAAAACGACUUACUAAAUGGUGUUCGUAUUUCUGGUGGCUGAAAUUUCACUUGAGUAAUGAGGAGUUUAAGCUUAGAGUUUCAUUUCCAGAUAUGAAGUGGCAUACCCGAUAAGAACUUUGAAAACCAUGCAUACACUGUACUUUCCGAUCUUAUUGCGGGCUAUUUAGGAGGAUAUUUCUCGACUAUAACCCGUUCAUUGCUGUAGGGAAAAUGAUGUCUCCUUUCCUCUCUUUUCUAUUCAAUUCAAUCGCCAGAAUUGUAUUUUUGACCAUAAAAAAUAACAAAAAAAAAUGCCUAUUGCUUUUUUGAUCUGUCAUCCACACUUCUUUCAUCAGUCUGUUCAUCUGUCAGUCCACCCGUCCUGUCCACAUGUCAAGACAUUAUGAUUUAUUUUUCUUACCAGUACAAUCGACUGAGCUAUGUGGCCUUUUUUCCAUAGGUCGGCUUGCUAGGAAUUCAAAUGAUAUGGACCCGAGACUCAACCGAGGCUUUGACAAACGCUAAGUACGACAAGAAGGUGAUGCAGCAAACCAACACUGCAUUCUUAGAACUGUUGAACGUGCUCAUCGAGCAGACCACCAAAGAACUCACCAAAGUAGUCAGGACAAAGUUCGAGACAUUGAUUACCAUUCAUGUUCAUCAGAGGGACAUCUUCGAUGAUUUGGUGAGUGAAUUGAAGACCUCAAGAAUGAGUGGAUUUAUGAGACUUUUUUGAUGCAUUAAAAUGUCCCCAAUGAAAGAUAAAAAAAAUGAUACUGUAACCGAGCGCUCUUUUCUUACAGUAGUUUUUUCCCGCUACUGAAGAUAGGCGAGAAUUAGCAGUUAUUGAGUGAGUUUGAGCAUGGUAUCAUGAAUUAUCAAUGCCGAGGUCUCAGUUGUCUGCCGAAGCCGAAGGCUGAGGCAGAUAACACAAACACGAAGUUUGAUAAUUUAUGAUAUCAUGCCAUCAAGAAUUGAUAUCAUGAUAUCAUGCCAUCAAGAAUUGAUAUCAUGAUAUCAUGAUAUCAAGAAUUGUCUUAUUAUACGUUUUUUAAACAAUCUGCAAAAGACGACACUUCUCUCUGAGUUGGUAAAAGUUUGAGAAUACUACACGGACAAGGGGCUUGGAAACUAGGCAGAAUUUGACCUCGACAUGAUAACCCAAUCCUUGCCACGGAGAUUGGAUUAUCAUGCCAACUUCACUCGCUAUUGCUCUCAACCAAUCAGAGUUUUCAUAGUAAGUCUAAUGUAAAAUAGUCUGACUUAUUCGUAAAAAUGGCUAUCAAACAGACAAAUACUUCUAUGUUUGAAGUGCUUUCCCCAUAGAUCUUUGCUGCUCUAAGCAAAUUCCACUUAUCGACAACCGAAAAACCUUCAAAGAGAACUCAGAUUGAGACGUCGCAAGUGGAGAGAGGGGCUUGGGGGAAGGCCACCGCAUUCAACACUAUUGUUUCUUGUUCUUUUUUACAGUGUCGUAUGCACAUUAAGUCUCCAACAGACUUUGAAUGGCUGAAACAAAUUCGCUUUUACUUCAACGAAGAUACGGAUAAAUGUUUAGUCUCCAUCACUGAUGUAGACUUCAUGUACCAGAACGAAUUUCUCGGCUGCACAGAAAGACUUGUCAUUACACCACUGACUGAUCGCUGUUAUAUUACCUUGGCUCAAGCUCUUGCUAUGUCAAUGGGUGGUGCGCCGGCUGGACCGGCUGGAACUGGAAAAACAGGUUUGAUAUUACCAUAUUGAAAAUAAAUUGGUGUCCUUGACUUGACUUACAUGAGUGUGUUUACACACCUUGCCUCCCGGCAAGUGAGGCCGAGCAAGUCAAAGAAACAAGUAAUCCAAAUGAAAAAAAAAAAUUUUUAAUCCUAAAUUGAAAAAGGCAAACCAGUUGAGUAUUUACAAGUGAGUCUUUGGACUCAGGUCGCACGUCCAACACUAAAACUACUCAGCUACCCUGCAUCUGUAAUAUGAUGUAAAUUUUAGAUUUGGUCUGCUGUGUUCAUGGACAGAAGUCGAUGCGGUGAUUAACAGUCCUAGAGUAAUAUUAACUUGCAAUUUACAACGUCUAAUGUUUACCUAAUUUACCUCUCGCGUAGAAACCACCAAAGACAUGGGAAAAGCUCUCGGAAAGUACGUGGUUGUAUUCAAUUGCUCGGAUCAGAUGGAUUACAGAGGUCUGGGGAGAAUUUUUAAAGGUAAGGAUACAUUAGAUAUGAAACGUUUUUAGUGUUUCUGUUAAGUGAAUCAUGGCUGGGACAAUCAAGAAUUUUCGUUGAUGAUCAAAGGUUUGUCAUUACCUACUAUACCUUUUCAUGCAACUCAGACGAAAAAGAGUAGUCUUUUCUCUAUAUUUAAUGUUAACAGUCAAAAACAAGCAUAUUGUUUAAUUAUGAUAAGUGUAAUCCCUUAACUAACACGGAAAAAUCCUCACGUAAUGCUGGAUGAGUCGGGUUAUGAGAACAGAAACCAUUCCGGGUUCAGGCUGCUUUCUCGAUGUAACACCAAGUUCUCCUAACUUAUCUUCAAAGAAUGUAUAACACUGCGAGGAGAUAAUUUCUCAUCAGAUCUAGGGAUGCAAGUUGUUAAAAAACAGCUAAAUUUCUGUGGUUUGUUUCAGGACUGGCCCAGUCAGGCAGCUGGGGCUGUUUCGAUGAGUUCAACCGUAUUGACCUCCCAGUGUUAUCAGUGGCUGCACAACAGAUCUACAUCGUACUUAUGUGCAAGAAAGAGAGAAAGAAGCAGUUCAUAUUCUCUGAUGGCGAUGUGGUCGAUAUGAACCCAGAAUUCGGUAAUUUGACUCGAUGAUUUUCGCUCCAUUCUUACAGAUGGGUGCACAUCUCCACUUUUAGAGGUAUUAUGAAAAAUCGUGUGAUGUGUUUGAUCGACUAACGUAUUUGUCAUUAAUUUUCAGGAAUUUUCUUGACUAUGAACCCUGGUUACGCUGGGAGGCAGGAACUCCCUGAGAACCUGAAAAUCCAAUUCCGCACAGUGGCUAUGAUGGUGCCGGACCGACAGAUCAUCAUUCGUGUAAAGCUCGCCAGCUGUGGUUUUAUCGACAAUGUAACUCUGGCCAGGAAAUUUUUCACUUUGUACAAACUGUGCGAAGAGCAACUCUCUAAACAGGUUAGUAACUUGAAAAAAAAACUUUUAAAUUGAAUAUUUCCAACGAUUUUUGUUGUAUUUUGUUUGUUGUAUAUGACGUAAAACUAAAACAACUUUCAUCCUCACCACAUUUAUAGUAGCAAGUUUUCCUUAUUAUCAUCAUCAUCAUUAUCAUUUUUACAAAAAGCACGAUAAUCUUACAGCAGUAAUUUUUAGGGUCUUGUCUAUGAUCAUUUCAAACUGAAGUGGCUAUAAAAUACAUGGAAUUUACAAGACCUUUCCCCAUAGGUGAUGUUUCUGAACACUGUAUAUAGAAAUGGAAUUAUAUGACAUCUUUUUACUUGGCUUGUGCCCUUGUCAGAAAAAGUGCCCCUGUCUGGAAAAGUGCCCUUGUCAAGAAAAGUACUCUUGUCAGGAAAAGCACCCUUAUCAGAAUAGUGCCCUUGGCAGGAAAGAAAACCCACUGGUGUGAAUGCGGCCUAAAUGUCUAUGAUGGUGUCUUUCACUCAGUGCAAUACCGUAUUUUGUUCCAGGUUCAUUAUGACUUUGGCUUGAGGAACAUUUUGUCUGUUUUGAGAACCCUUGGCGCAGCUAAGCGGUUGAGUGUUGGAGACAGCGAGAACACAAUUGUGAUGAGAGUACUGAGGGAUAUGAACCUUUCGAAACUAGUAAGUUUUUAAUGGCUGUAGUCGGGUCGUUAAAUGUGACGUAAGCCUUUCCUACAAUCUCUGAAAAAACGUUGGAAUACGGUUCUCAAGUUGGAGCCAUCACUCUCCUUCCUCUUUACAAUGGUGAUUUGUAAUGUCAAAAUGAAUUCUUUUGUAUUUUAGCUUUUGUUUUUCCAAUAUUCUAGUGAGGAGAAAGCGGAUUCUUUCAUGAUUAGUUCUCAGUACCUUAGUUGAUAGUACAUCCCAACACGAGAUCUUGUCACAAAUAUGUAUUCAAAAAUAUUUAUUCCUUCUUUGUAGUUUCUGAUUUUUUUGUAUUUUUGCUUGUUUGUUUCAUGAAGAAAUUGUCCUCCUUGAAAGAGAUUUUUGACACCCGUCGUAUAAGUAAGAUAAAAAAUUUAACUUUUUUUGCGCCGAACGAAAUUACUUUUACAACGAAAAGGACCAUAAAAUGUUGGCUCCGAAUGGAAGAUAAACCAAAAAGGAAAAGAAUGGGAAAGAUUCAAAAUAAAUAAAAGUAAGGUACACUGAAUAAAGCUUUAAUUUGUAAAAUUCCUUAACCGGCGUAUCUUAGUGCAAUUGAAACUGUUUUUUUCUUCAACUUAAUGUGAUCUCUUUUCUUUCCAGAUCGACGAAGACGAGCCUCUCUUCCUUAGUCUUAUCAACGAUCUCUUCCCUGGCAUUGUGUUAGACAAAGCUGGUUACCCAGAGUUAGAACAAGCCAUUGCAAAUCAAGUGGAAGAGGCUGGACUCAUCAACCAUCCAUCUUGGAGACUCAAACUUAUCCAGGUAGGAAUUUUUCUUAAACGCGUGAGGUAGUGUCGAUUGGCACGCCUUUAACAUGUAUAGACGUGAGAAAAUUGACAAACUCGCCCUUUCCAAACAGCUUGCAUCACUAAAAAAGCUUUCCUGGUAGAAAUUUGGAAGAGGUAAAGAAAAGCAAAGCACAGCAAGCUGAACGCGGAAAGGACACUUUAAUUGCUUUUAUUUUUAAUCCUUUAAUUUGGGAAUUUUGCGAUGAACCAGUUUUUUUACCAGUUUUUUUUUUACCAGUGGACCGUUUUCAGGCACAGCGAACGUGGAAAACAACUGUCUUGAACAGAUGAAUGAGAAAAUUGACAUGUUGUUGAUAUCUCUUGCAGUUAUUUGAGACCCAGCGGGUGCGCCACGGAAUGAUGGUUCUGGGACCAAGUGGAGCUGGGAAAACUGCGUGUAUCCACGUGUUGAUGAAAGCGAUGACUGACACUGGCACGCCCCACAGGGAAAUGAGAAUGAACCCCAAGGCUAUUACAGCUCCUCAGAUGUUUGGGCGGCUAGAUGUUGCCACAAAUGACUGGACAGAUGGAAUAUUCUCUACCUUAUGGAGAAAGACUCUUCGUGCUAAGAAAGGUGUCUGUGAGCUGUCAAAAGAAUUAACCAGUUAUCCCUAGUUUUUAGCUGUGAAGUUCUUAGUUGAAAAUUGGGACACUCAUUCCCAAUAGGGUCACAGUAAGAUUUCCCUUUCUAUAAGAUUAAUCAUGCUCCAAAAAGUUAAUGUCAAUGUGCUCAUGCCGAUAGUUCAUAGCCGAAAUUCAUUUGAUGCUUUGAAAAUGGUGAGUGGAUCUUAGCCAUGAAUUCCUAAAGUGAUACAUUGCCUAGAGAAGCCUAAAAACUGAACAAGUCAAAUUUUUCGUAACAUGUUUUUAUUGCAAUUCACACUUUUAAACUGCGAAGAUCAUUCCGUCCCUUAAUUUUUGUCACUUUUUUUGUUAGACUAGAAAGCAGAAAGUUGCGUUUGAGCUUGUCAACCUCAAUGUCCAGCUCAUCAUAAAGAAUUCCAUUAGGAAAUCCUUUUGCCACGUGUUAACCCAAACCUUUUGUUAUGUUCACGCCAGGCGAGCGAAUCUGGAUCGUGUUAGACGGACCAGUAGAUGCCAUCUGGAUUGAAAACCUAAACAGUGUACUGGACGAUAACAAGACCUUGACUCUGGCAAAUGGCGAUCGCAUUCCCAUGUCACCUCAGUGCAAGAUUAUUUUUGAGCCUCACAAUAUCGACAACGCAUCACCAGCUACUGUGUCACGUAACGGUAUGGUGUACAUGAGCUCAUCUGGGUUGGACUGGAGACCUUUGCUUCAGGUGAGGAUUAUGUGACCAAACAUUUGCCAGUAGGUCGACAUUUGAUAGGAUUGCGUGACGGGUCACUUGCCUAUAAUAGGUCACAUAACGAAGUGGUAGAAGUUAAGGGGUUUCAGUCGUGCCAGUUGUGACUUUUAAGUAUCAUUUUAGAUUUUUAAUUUUCAUUUUUUUAUGUUCUUGUUUGGUUUCUAUUGCAAAGGCAUGGCUUAACAAACGACCAGAACAAGAGGCGGAGGUCUUAAAGGGGUUGUUUGACAAAUCAUUUGACGAGAUCUUGCGCCAUGUGCAAGAAAAUUGCGUCUUCAAGAUGGAUAUUUUGGAGCACAAUUACAUUGUACAGGUGAGUGAACUCUUUACAAACACCAAAUCUUGUUCAAGAACAGUUCGUACUUAACGUAAACUACAAGCUGAAAUUUAGCAAAGCGCCGUAGCCCAUGAUAAAGUGAGUGGAUGCGAUUGAAAAACUUUCUGUUGAACAUUGCACUUCUUUCCUUCUCUUCAUGUACAUGUGCUUACGAUGGCAUUCAUAUACAAUUUCAUUUUAGGCACUUCGAACCAAGCAUAAGAAAAACAAUCGCUCUGACUAAGGGCUAACGCUCGAAACGUCAGCCUUAAAAUCUUUACGGUGGCCAAUUUAAGUUUUCAAUUCAGUUGUUAACACUAAAUUACCUGCUAUACGCUCGCACCGACGCAGCACCACAGUUUCUUUAGAAACUUACCCCCUUUAUUCAUAAGAAAAACACCUAAUUCUGUCCCACGUACCUUGCGACAUUCAGAUGAAAAUUGCUUCCUACACUUUCGAUUCCCUUAUCAUUAUUUGUUGCUUUUGAUUGAAUACUAGGCCAUUACCCUACUCGAGGGGCUUAUUCCCCGGAAAGAGGAUGGUUCGAAUGUGUCCGCAUCUCAUCUGGAGCGGCUGUACAUCUUCUGUGUCAUGUGGAGUGUGGGAGCUCUGUUGGAGCUUGACGAUCGCGCGAAGAUGGAGGAAUUCGCCCGAACAAACUUUGAACUUGACUUACCUCCUAUUGCCGAAGGAUCACAGGACACCAUUUUUGAGUUUCUUGUGAGCGAAGGAGGUAACUGAUUCAUACCAAAUUCGGAUUUUACAUCAAGAAGAAGCUGGAGAGGUUUUUCAGUACCAUAUUACUUAAACACUUGUUUUCCAAUCGAGACAAACGAGCCAACAGAACAAAACAAACAAACAAACAAGCAAAAAAACAAGAAACAAACAAAACCAAAAUGAUGACCUACGUCUUUCCAGGUACUACAGACGAUCUGAAUGCGUUGUUGUGGUUAGGUACUGUUUAUCACUGAAAUGAGUCAAUGUGUCUCUUUCCACCAUGGGAUUCAUUUCAAUCGAAUACCACAUAAAAUGCAAAACACUCGCGGUGGAGUUGAGGUUUUAUCAAUUGGUCAUACCUACUCGUUCGAAACUUUUCUAAAAAUUUUCCCUAGGUGAGUGGGAACACUGGAAUACACGAGUGGAGGAGUACAUUUAUCCAAAGGAUCAUAGCCCUGAUUUCCUGUCUAUUCUUGUUCCAAACGUGGAUAAUGUGCGUACUGAUUACCUCAUUCAGGUGGUGUCCAACCAGGGAAAGGUUUGUACUUUUCUUAUCUGUUUCUGUUUGUCCGUUUUUCCUUUUGUUUUAUACUGUUUUGUUUUGGUUUUUGAUAUGUUCUUCCUUUUGCACAUGUUAACAUUUACAUUGAAGAUAAGUUCCCGGCAGUAUAUUUUGCUCAAUUUUUUGGCACGUAGUUGGUGAUAAGUGUUGUGAAUCGAUUUUCACUUAGCUUGGCGAUGAAGUUUCGAAGUUAAAUUAUUAGCUUCUCUUUGCAUCUUCUAGGCGGCUCUGUUAAUUGGAGAGCAAGGUACAGCUAAGACAGUCAUGAUCAAAGGCAACAUGGGUAAAUAUGAUCCUGAGAGACAUUUAAGCAAGAGCUUUAACUUCUCUUCGGCCUCCACUCCCUUGAUGUUCCAAAGAACAAUCGAGAGCUACGUGGACAAGCGAAUGGGAAACACAUAUGGACCACCAGCUGGCAAGAAGAUGACUGUGUUCAUUGACGAUGUUAACAUGCCGAUUAUCAACGAAUGGGGUGAUCAGGUUUGUAUAUAUUUCCAAACGUAUUUCCUCUAUGAUUGUUAUCUCGUUGAGCGAUCAUAAAUUACGAAUCCCCUCAAUGCAGAAAAACGAAUAUGACAUGAAGCUCUCAGUUUUUGCUUGGCGCUGAUGAAGUUUUUACUUUCGUUUGUUAUAUGUGUCGUUCUUUCGACGUUCCAAGGUGGAUGAGUAGAAUUGUUGGCAAAGCGGGCCCUACCUUGUCAACGAGUUCUCUGUAGCUCAGCUGUUUAUCUUAGAAGAAAUCUAUGAUCGCGAGUGUUUUAUUGGUGCCUCUUCAGAGGCGGAUCUAGGGGAGGGGCCCGGGAGGCCCGCCCCCCUCCCUCCCCCCGUUAUUUUGGGUAUAAAAAGAAAGAAUCACAGAUGGUAGAAAAGCCGGCAGGGCAAGCGACAAAAAACAGGGUUCCCCCCCUAGCUCAAGGUCCGGAUCCACCACUGCUCUUGCUUCUUCUGUGGCAUUAGAACCAAGCAUUUGGUGUUCAGAUAGGCAACCUAACGUUACAUUUAUUUUUCCCGAUUCCAUAUUUCCUUUGCUACUCACAGCCGUUGUUGCAAUUCCUCAGGUAACAAAUGAAAUAGUUCGUCAAGUGAUGGAGACCAAAGGUUUCUAUAACCUGGAGAAGCCCGGUGACUUCACAAACUUGGCGGACAUUCAGUUCCUGGCUGCCAUGAUUCAUCCAGGAGGAGGGCGAAAUGACAUCCCACAAAGACUCAAGAGGCAGUUCAGUGUGUUCAAUUGUACUCUGCCGAGUAACAGCUCAAUCGAUAAGAUAUUUGGUAUGGAAUUCAACUUGUUUUUCGUCUAGUUUUAUUUGGUUUGCUUCUGUUGCUUACAGUGAUCGAUUGAGGCCACAUUUUUACUUCUCUAUUUCACCGUCGUAACUAGGUAUCGAGUCAGAAACUCUGAUCUACGCUAAAGGAUAAAAAUCUUUGUCAAAUUUCCAAGAAAUUAUUUGAAACCACGCAAAAAAUCAAUUUAAAAAUUGCGUUACCUGUAACGGAGAGCGCUCCCAAAUCUCUCAUUUUGUGAAAUCAUCCGCACGAACCUGACUUUCUUCGAAUUUUGUUCCUAUUGAAUGUUUCCUUUUUAUCAAGGUGUAAUUGGAUCCGGACAUUUUUGUUCCGAGCGUGGUUUUCCAAGUAUCGUGCAAGAAUUAGCGAGGAACCUCGUGCCUUGCACUCGUAGGCUAUGGCAACUUACCAAGGUAUUGACGUUGCUUCUUUUAUUAUUUUAUUCCGUGGUGGGUUCUCUCCAGUCUUCAAGCUCUAUCUGGUUUAAUUUUAAUUAUCUUGUCUUACUUAACACGGAUAUAACUCCGUUUUUAACAGUCAUGCAAUAAGCCCCUUCAUACCACAGCAGGUGUCCUCGUCCCCUUUUAAGUAACCUUGUCUUUUAUUUCAACGUUAGAUUAAAAUGCUUCCUACGCCAGCCAAGUUUCAUUACAUCUUUAACUUGCGAGACUUGUCCAGGAUUUGGCAAGGCAUCCUUUACUGCGUCUCCGAAGUAGUAUCGACCCAGGAGGCCUUAAUGGCCUUAUGGAAGCACGAAUGCAUCCGAGUAAUUUCCGACCGUUUCACAAAUCAGCCUGACAAAGACUGGUUUGAGAAGACGAUGAAACGAGUCAUCGGCGAAGAAUUGGGAGAAGACAUGCAAGCCAUGACUGAAAACAUGCCGUAUCUUGUGGACUUUUUAAGGUUUAUUCCUCAGUUGUGUUUUAUGGAUUAGCACUUCCCUUGUCGAAUUGCCACUUCAUUUUCUUUUCUACUAAAAAUUUUCAUUUGGAAACUUAAUGACAAGAUUUCUCUAGUGAAGUCGUUAAGUUGUGGAGGGGGGUGGGGAGGGGAGGGGAGGGGAGGGGAGAAUAGUACCUCACUGUAAGAACAUAAAGUGUAAAGACAGAAGACAGCGAAGAAACUAUUUCAAUAGAGCCUCAACAACACCCUUCCCGUGUAGUUUGCUUUAUUUCAUGGAUUGAUUGCAUUAGACACUAUAUCGUAGUCACAAGUUGUUUCCACUGUUUUGUUAUUUAAAAAAUCAUUUUUAAAUUUUACUCAUUAAUUGAAAUUACAUAGGGAUGCACCAGAAGCCACAGGAGACGAACCUGAGGACGCCGAUUUUGAAACUCCAAAGGUCUAUGAACUGGUAAACACAUAAUUCCUUUAAGCUGUAUUUCCGUUGCUGUUGCAAACCUUUUUUUGGGUAGGGUUUAUUGUAAAUGAUACUGGCAGAGGAUAUUCCAAACUUUUGUUUCCAUUGAAUUGUGGUGUGUGUUAUUUUUGUUUUGAAUUUUUCUCAUUGCUUUUAUCUAUUUUUGUGAAGAUCCCAUCGUUUGAAGGUCUUGAAGAAAGACUACAGUUUUACCUGGAGCAGUACAAUGAGAGCAUUAGAGGAGCAGGAAUGGACUUGGUGUUCUUCAGAGACGCCAUGAUUCAUCUCAUGCGGGUUUGUAACGAUCCUUGAUUUUAAAGGCUCUUGGAAGAACACCAAGUUAAUCAAUUUAUAGGAGUUUGUCCAUCAGUUUAUCUUUACCAUCUCGAAAACAUAGCUCACAGUUUUUAAAGUUUUCAGAGUUGCAAUUCGUGUUAAUCCUAACCAUCCUAGUCCUACCUUAAUCCUCUAAAUCCUUACAUCAGUAUGCAUAUGUGCAUAGAAGAACAUCCAAAACUCCUUUGAUACUUUUUUUUAUUCCCUAUAAGGUGUCCCGUAUUAUUCGUACCCCGCGAGGAAACGCCCUUCUUGUGGGUGUUGGAGGUUCAGGGAAACAAAGCUUGACUCGUUUGGCGUCAUUCAUCGCCGGUUACAAGACAUUCCAGAUUACUCUAACCAGGUAAUGUUGAAUUUUUUGAAUUGUAUCUUUAAGUAAGCCAUAAAGUCAUGUCUCUCUUUGCGUUAUGCAAUUUUACUCGGUAAGUUGAUGAUUGAGUUGGUAAACCUGAUAAUUACGCAUUCCGUGUUUCCGUCAUGCAUUCAUUAAUACAUCAUCAGUAUUCUAUUCUCCCUAAGCAGGCAAUAUGCAAUGAGUGUAUCCGUGGUAUGUUUAGUUUACCAGUUAUUGUUUUGUGUAAGUCAGUCCAACUUAAAUGUCAGUCGGUCGGUGUCCACAUAGGAUGACAUUGAAAUAAACAAAACGUCACUGACUGGUCCAUCAAUGCAGUUAUUUCCAAACACAUGCACUGGACUCUGGGAAAGAAGUCGGAUUCAAAUCCUGGCCGGCUCAUUGUGUUCUCGAGGAAAACACUUUACUUUCACAGUGCCACUCUCCACCCAGGAGUAUAAAUGGGUACAGGUGCUAUAGAAGAUUGAUAAAAUGCUGGGAGGUUUACCUUGCGUUUCACUAGCAUCCCAUCCAGGGGGAAGUAGUAACACUCCCAGUUGCUUUAUGCUACAUGGAAACCGGGAUAAGCUCGGGAGGUUGGGCUGCUUGGCUCGAGUACAGACUUUACCCUGAUCUUUUCCCAAUAUUUUUCAGGUCUUACAGUUCCACCAAUCUAAUGGAGGACUUAAAGUAUCUGUACAGAGUGGCAGGAAUGCAGGGCCAAGGGAUAACCUUCAUCUUCACUGACCAGGAAAUCAAGGAAGAGGGCUUCCUCGAGUACCUCAAUAACUUAUUGUCCUCAGGAGAAAUCUCAAAUCUGUUCGCUCGUGAUGAGAUUGACGAAAUCUGCAGCGAGCUGAUUCCUGUGAUGAAGAAAGAGUUUCCAAGACGACCACCCACCGGAGAAAAUCUGUACGACUAUUUUUUGACGCGUGCGAAGCAUAAUCUACAUGUGGUACUGUGCUUUUCACCGGUAAGCGUUUUUUGCGUUCCGUCUGGUCUUUGGGCGUUUUUCUAUUGGACUUCGUUAAAAAAUCAGAAUAGCCAAUCAGAACAAAGGAAAAUACAACAGGAAACUAAUCAAAGCGUGACAUAAAUAUGUGUGAUUGGCCGAACGCUGGAGAAAGCGCAAGUGACUAGAUGGCAAAUGGUUUCGUAUGGCACUAACUUUAUUAGCGGAGGGAGUAAGAUGGGUUUUCCAAGCAUAACCCACUUUAAUUCUCUAAUGCUUGCGAGGCUCGAAUGAAAAUAACAAAACUAAAAAGACACUGACGGAAAAACCAUUAAUCUUAAUUUGGUUGUGGUGUUAUUUUAUUCUUCAUAGGUCGGGGAGAAAUUCCGAAACAGAUCCCUGAAAUUUCCAGGUCUUAUCAGUGGCUGCACAAUGGACUGGUUUAGCCGCUGGCCUAAAGAUGCGUUGAUUGCUGUGGCACACCAUUUCCUAUCAAACUUUGAAAUUGUGUGUGCGGAGGAGGUCAAAAAGCAAGUGGUGCAGGCCAUGGGAAUAUUCCAUGACGGUGUCGCCAUAAGCUGCACAGAUUACUUCCAAAGGUUAGAGUGCUAAAUCUGAUCAACAGUAUAUAUGUGAACAUGACGACGAGGUAGAAAAUAAUGUAAGCAAAACGUGGCACUUCCGCAGCUAGGGAGUUAAGUGGUGCGAAUUGUAUUUACCUUUAUACGCCUUAAGCUUCGGCUAGCGGCGUUUUCUAUGAUAAUAUGGAGUUACAUCACGGCUCUUUAAUCUUGACAGAUUUAUACUCCUAUCACGCCAAAGCACAAACAUGUUUAAAAGCUACUUUGUUAAACACGGUUGAAAUAUAUUUCUUUAUAAAAGCUGCUUAAAGCGAUGAUUUUCGACUUCAAAUUUAUCACCUUGAGAAUAAAAUUUAGUGACAACUUGAAACCUAUGGAAAAGUCAGUUUUGCUAUCUCUCUUUCUGAUUUUCAAUCAGUAAAACCCGGUUUUACUAAACAUGUUUUGUUGGUGUAAAUGAGGUAUUUUAUUUGUCUGUAAUUCUCAAAUAGUUGUUUGGAAUCUGUAUCGAUCUUUUGCAUGCAGAAUCUUCCAGUUUCUUUCAUGGUUUGCUCUUACCAUUUCCUGCUAAACUGUGAAUUUCGUGGUGCCUCUUAUAGUACGCAUAAAACGACUUAAAUUACUCUACUAUAACUUCUUUGAUAUUGAUAACUAAACCUUUGUUGUUUUCUUGUUUUUUUUGUUUUGGUUUUGUUUUUUGUUUUUUUUUCACAAAUACUUACGUUUGUUUCUUUUUUGUAGAUACCGUCGAGCGACACACGUCACUCCAAAAUCGUAUCUCUCUUUCAUAAACGGGUACAAGACGAUAUACAGCGAGAAACGAGAGGAGAUAGGCGAGUUGGCAAGAAGGAUGAAUACAGGCUUAGCUAAACUCAUGGAAGCUAGUGAAUCAGUAGCGCAGCUGUCCAAAGAGUUGGCUGUGAAAGAAAAAGAACUCGCUGUGGCGUCCGAGAAGGCCGACUUGGUAAGGUCGUUUGUUUUGAGAGUAUUUGCUCUUGUCAUGAAGAGAUUCAGCUGAUGUAGUAGGCUUAGUCCGCUGAUGUCCAUGAGUUCGGAUUCUGAUACAAAACUUUCAAGUUUCCACUGAUGUCCCUGGGAGUUUAGGAGCGGAUAUGCUUGAUUCAUUUAAAUGACGAAGCCCUUGGAUUUUCAGUACACGUCAAUUUAUGUAGUUUAUAUGAUUCUUUUAUCGUGCAGGAGUUUUGAGAGCUUGCGUUAUUGUGCAGAUGACGAUGUGUCACUUUGUUUGGACAGACGAGCUGAGAUGAUUUAAGCGCAAGAAUACAAUUACUCACGACUUCAUCUCUCUAUGCCUGCUAGGUGUUGAAAGAGGUUACAGUCAAAGCACAAGCAGCUGAAAAAGUUAAAGCUCAAGUCCAGAAAGUCAAAGACAAAGCACAAGCUAUUGUCGACGACAUCGCUGUAAGAUGAGAGGUUUUUAAAAAUCUUGAAUGAAAGGAAUGAUAAUCUUUGUUACUUUGACCAUUAUCUAUCGCUCUUUCCAAAUGUUUAAAAGCUUCUUAUUUGGAAUUUAAAAUUGACCAUCUUUCCUAACCAAUAUUUAUCUCCUGACAGAAUGCGUUGGACUCUGCUUACCUAAGCAAGAUACAGGACUGUCUUUCACACAUAAUGAUAAUAAAUAAGCGUAGCACUGUAGGUUAACUGGCUGGUGCUCAAGUUCCGUGGGCUCAUACUUUUUUUUUCCCACAAACAAAAUUUUUAGGACUUUUCCUUGCUAUCAUGAUUUAUUAUCUUGCAUUACCUGAAUGAAGUAUUGCACUCUCGGAGCUGAAGAUAAUACUUACUUGUAUAACUUUCUAUCGUUUAUAUUUUCUCAGGCUGACAAAGCAGUUGCUGAAGAAAAACUGGAAGCUGCUAGACCAGCGCUGGAAGAGGCAGAGGCUGCCUUACAGGUGAGUGAGCUUGUUGAUUUUUUUUUUUUUUUUUUAUCAGUUCACGAGUGUGCUUAACUGCCUCCCUUACAUUAUUCACCAGACCAUCAAAGCCAGCCAUAUCGCCACGGUCCGGAAGCUUCCUAAACCGCCCCAUUUGAUCAUGCGCAUUAUGGACUGCGUUUUGAUCUUGUUUCGAAAGAGGAUUGAUCCAGUGGCGUUUGAUGCUGAGAGGAACUGUGUGAAGCCAUCAUGGGCCGAGUCAUUGAAGGUAAUGAUGAAAGGCUUUUAUGUGGAUACGAAUCAGGCUCUUUUGCCUUAAAGCUUAGGGAAAAUGUGAGGGUCCUAAGACACUGGAAAAUACUCGAGUUUUAUUUGACCUGCAGAAGAGUUAUAAUUGCAACGAGUUGUGCGUUGGGUAAGUUGCAGACUUUAGUUUUGUUUUGGCGAUUGGAAUUACACCGCCACUUAGGUUUAUUUGAAGGACAUAAUCUAUUGUCAGGUGUGAAAAAGGUGAUUUCUGUGAACUCUGAAUCGAUCACCUUUAAUAAAGUAGUACUCUGCUUGUUAGUCACACUUUCGUGUACCAGGGGUGUCACAUGAAUUUCUUUUGUUUAUUUUAAAUCACUCUGUAACUUCGUGAUCACGAUAAAAUUUAGCGUGUUUGUUUUUUAAAAAGGGAAUCUUUCUUUCCUUUCUUAGAAUACUGUCCUACGAGGACACGAAUGCUCAUAAAAUGUUUCUUUCUUUCAGACAAUGAGUCAGUCAAACUUCCUGCAGUCGCUACAAGCGUUUCCGAAAGACACAAUCAACGACGAAAUGGUCGAACUCUUAGCUCCUUAUUUGGAAAUGGAAGAUUAUAAUAUGGAAACCGCUAAACGGGUUCGUAACGGCUGAAAAUUCUUCUGUAGCUUCUCGUGUAAAGAACGAAAUUUAGUGUAGGUGUGGCUACACAUAAUAGUCGUGAAAGACCAGUUCCUGGGUCUUUGCCACUAUACUGAAGUUCUAGGUAAAUGAGAUUCUAGAAAAUGAUUCAAAGGCUAUUGAAUUAAGCAUUGUUGAAAAUUCCGUAAACAGGUUUGCGGGGAUGUAGCUGGUCUUUGCUCUUGGACGAAUGCUAUGUCAACUUUCUUUGGAAUCAAUAAAGAAGUUCUCCCACUUAAGGUAAAUUUCUUACCUGUAUCAAUAUUGUCAUCGGUGAGAAUCACUCAAGAAACAAGAGCUGAUGUGGUGGAGAUUCAGAACGGAAUUUUCCUCAAAAGAAGCCUUAAUCUAUAACUGAACCACGAUGAACAAUAACAUUACCUAUAACAUAAGCUUUGCUGUCUGCUAGAGGACCAAUCCAUUUUAUUCGAAGGAUCAAAAUGGUCCUGUUUGAGUACUCGUUCGGCCACUCACAGUGAUCUGUUUGGGAGCAAAACACUUCACUGAGGAGCUUGAAUUGGUACCUGCCAGCUGUCAGAGAAACCUGACGAACAGUUUGGAGAUGACCUGCAAUUGACCAAUGCCCAAUCAAGAAGGAGUAGCACUCGUAGUCGCUUCCACUCCGCAUACGGAGAUUAGCUCCUGCAGCAACUGGAUUUAGUCUUGUUUUUAUACUUUACUUGUUAUCUUUUAGUCACUAAUUUUCCGCCAACCUUUGGCUUACAGGCAAACUUAACAAUCCAAGAAGCCAAACUGAGCGUGGCCCAAAAUGACCUGAAUGUGGCGCAGGCGCAACUGGACGCCAAACAGGCUGAGCUGGAUAAAGUACAGGCUUUAUAUGACAAGGCAGUGCAAGAAAAACAGGUAAUAUUUGCUCACGCUAAAAGGACUUUUCGGGUUUAAGUUAAGUUAGGCACUUCACUGUUACGUCCCAUUUAGCUAUAAUUAAUGGAAUGUAAGAAAAGAAAGGGAACCAGGAAAUGUAAUUGAUGUGUUUACUGAGUUGAGUGCUUCUCCACUGCGUCUGAUUUUACUAAGAUCAGUGAUUUUUUUAAAACAGAAAAGUGUUUCUGAAUUGUCAAGAAAUUCACCCCAACACUGUAAAGUUGAACAAAAGGGAAGAGAAACUUUUAACACUCAAGCAGUUUGCCUUAAGAUGAGAAAGUCCUUUUGACCAAGAGCAAAAACAUUUUCAAAAGACUGCUGCAAAUGACAUCAGCUCGAGUAAUGAUCAAAUUUCUUGAAAGAUUUAUCUUCACUUCUUGUUGUACUAAUUCCAAGAUUUUGAUUUUGUAUAGAAAGAAGCUUAGUUGUUUUAAAGUCUAAAUUUGAGAGGAAACUGCUUUAUCUCGUUUUGAACAGGAUCUUCUGGAUGACGCAGAGACUUGCCGACGGAAGAUGUUGGCAGCCUCCACUCUGAUUGGUGGAUUAGGAGGAGAGAAGGAAAGAUGGACUGAACAGAGCAAAGAGUUUGAGGCUCAGAUUGGAAGGUAAAGGAAACCUGAUAUUCGAUACGUUUGUUGAUUUUUAAUUGUUUCAAAAACAUGUACCGACUUCCGUAGGAAUUACUUACUGAAGUUCUUAAUAAUUAUGUUAGUCAAGCGCAGGUGCGAUAGUCCCAGAUACGAGCGAGGAAUACGUUUGGGGGUCUAUUACACGAGAGUAGAAACUCUGUUCAUGAUGCUCUAAAAGUGGCAGUCAUUUUUUUCGACGAGGGGACUUGCUAGGGAAAAAAUUAUCGAGGGAAAAGUUUGUCGAAGAAAUGCCGUCUUGUGUCCAAUUUAGUAAGCAUAUGUUAUUUUUUCACAGACUGGUCGGCGAUGUGUUGCUUUGUACCGGAUUCCUUUCCUACUCUGGUCCCUUUAACCAAGAGUUCCGAGAUAUGUUGAUGGGGAAAUGGCAAAAGGACAUGAAGUCACGCAAGAUCCCCUUCACCGCCAAUCUGAAUGUCACGGCCAUGCUGGUUGAUGCAGCGACGGUAAGAUAUAAACAGUUAGAAACGGAACAAUGCUAAAAUCACACCACACCACAGCACAAAACAAUGCAACGCAGCGAAACAGGAGAAAAGACAGUAGAUAACAGAACGUUUAACCGCCGUGAAGUUUACAGCCAAGAAGCAUAACUGAUUAAGAACAAAGUGAUAUAAGCGAGAGACCAAAGCCUUGUUGCUGAAAUAUUAGGGAUUGUGACUAACCAAUGAAAUCAGGGCAAAACACAUACGUAGCAGUUAACAAACCUGCCGUAUAUAUAGCAACACGUGAUCAAUUUACCUCAACGCCUGACAAAAAUUUAGCAGCACAACGAUCGCAACGUCGCGAAAAGUAAACCUUCGCAACUCAAUAACGUAAUGCAACUAUCAAAGAACCAUCUUUCAUUCUAUUGAAUGUCCUCUGCUCUUAGGCCGGUACCAUCAAGCCAGGACUGAAACAUGCUACGGUUUUAUUUUCAUCCAGCAAACCUAUCGAUAAGGUCUAACGUAUUUUCCUCUUUUAGGUGGGAGAAUGGAACCUUCAAGGUUUACCAAACGAUGAACUCUCAGUGCAAAAUGGUAUCAUCGUUACCAAGGCAACCCGCUUCCCUCUGCUGAUAGAUCCACAAGGCCAAGGGAAAGCUUGGAUUAAAAACAGGGAAAAGGAUAGUCAGUUACAGGUGAGCGGACUUGAUGUGUUUUUUACUUCAGGGUUUUAACGGGUCGUGGAAAAGGUACAAAAACAUUGAAAUUCAAUUUGCAUUGUGGAAAGUAAAGAUAAAUAGCUGAAAAUGAUUUUUCUAAGAACUCGAAAGCAAAAAUACUGUAGUGCAAUGUUUUUAAGCAGAAUUAUCGAUCAAUCUUUGAAUUUGGAAAAAAAUUUAAAUAUUUCUGGUAAAGAUUUUGGAGUCAUGGAAUUUUAUAGCCUUGAAGGAGUGCGAUUGUAGUUUGACAACUGUUCUCACUCAAAAGUAACCCGCUGUUACAGCCUAGUGAUUUUUCUCUUGACAGUUGACCUCCCUCAACCACAAGUAUUUCCGAAAUCAUCUCGAAGACAGCUUAUCGUUGGGAAGACCAAUGCUCAUCGAGGACGUGGGUGAAGAACUGGACCCAGCUUUGGAUAACGUGUUGGAGAAAAAUUUCAUCAAAACUGGAAGCACGCUAAAAGUGAAAGUUGGAGACAAAGAGAUUGAUGUCAUGAAAGGCUUUAUGUUAUACAUCACGACGAAACUCUCUAACCCUGCAUACACACCUGAGGUGAGUGACUGCUGUCAGUUACAAAAUGCACCCGGAAAUUAACUCACUAAAAUUUGGGUACUUGAUCUCACAUAAGAGAUAUCCUUUUCAGAAUACGUUUGAAAAGAAUUUAAUAUGAAUUUUAGUACAUAAAAAACUUUCAACACUACGGGGAGUAAAGCUCAACAGCUUGUGGAGUGGUGUUAAAACUAACACUAAAUACAAAGUAAUUCUUAAAAACCUAAAUAUGCGUAAAGGCCUAAACAUUUUCCAACUUAAGAUCCUAACUGAUUAAUGUAAUACAUAUAUGCAACAUCAUAAGAGUGAAGGGUCAGUCAGUCACUCGUUAUUUUAAGACUUUGUAUAGGAACGUUCCUAGGAAUACCGUUCAGCUAAAAUGAAUACCUCAGCCGUUCCUCUAUUUUUAUAUUGUCAACAAUUCGAGAAUAAAGAAUGAUAUUUUCCACGUACAUACGUUGAUAUUCCUUAUUUGUAUGCUUUGUUAACAGAUAAGUGCUCGGACGUCCAUUAUUGACUUUACUGUAACUAUGAAGGGCUUGGAAGAUCAAUUGCUUGGUCGCGUCAUCCUUACUGAGAAAGCGGUAAGUUGCCUUUCCUUAGAACUCGAGUUUAGCCUUUUUGUCCAUUCUGCAUUGUAGACUCCGUUACUUCGGAAAAAAAACGUAAGUUGUCCCCUUCCCCUUCUAAAAGGAAGCCUAAAAAAAGAAAUUUCUUCCAGGUAAUUGUCACCCAACUCAUAAUGUUUAAAGUUGAAUAUUGGGAAUGUAAUGUAAGUGUUAUCACGGAUCUCUAGGAAUUGGAAGCUGAGCGAACGAAACUCAUGGAGGACGUGGCUUCUAACAAGAGGAAGAUGAAAGAAUUGGAAGAUAAUUUGCUCUACAGACUUACAAGCACUCAGGUGUGAAUUAUUAUUUAUUGUUUUACCUUAGUCAUUCGUUUUUGUUGGAUGAUAAACGUGGAUGUUUCCCCAUAAUGUGGGAGAAAGCGAUUCAAACAAAAUACGUUACGCUGACUCUCUUUGUAGCUAUUAAGCGUCAGGGCUAAGUUUGGGCUCAGUUCUUGGGUUCAGUUGUAUCACUAACACCAACACAUGUUUACGACGUUGAAUCUCGCUGUGGCAAUCACUCAUCCAGGGAACACUUAAAAGCACAGGUUUUGGUUCAGUUUUAUCACCAAAGUACAUUUGACGAUUCGUGUCGUGUUGUUUACAUCACUUGAUCUGAUUUCAUGUUAGGGUUCCCUUGUGGAUGACGAAUCCUUGAUUGAGGUCCUCAGCACAACAAAGGCCACAGCAGAAGAAGUCAGUCAAAAGCUUGUUGUUGCCGCUGACACAGAGAUCAAGAUCAACGGCGCACGAGAAGAGUUUAGGCCUGGUGAGUAGCAGGAACCAAUGUCCAUGCAGUUGGAGAAUUUAGAAAUUACAGCGAGAGAGAAUUUAAUGAUUUCUCCUUUUGUUCUCUUUUUUUUUUAAUUCUUUAGAUUUUUGAAGGAAUAAACCUUUCAGCGACAUUUCCUUGAAAAUUUUCCUCUCAAUUUGCAAGCUGAAUGAAGACUGUCGUUUUGUAGUGAAUGGUCUUCUACACCUUUUAGCGGCCAAAAUUUUUAUGCGUUACUUAAUUCUAUCUUAUCGAGUAAUUUGCAAGUUUUGAGUAGGUAUGGAUGAAGUAACAUACUUGAUUUCGUUUCUCAUGUUUCAGUGGCCACCCGUGGCAGUAUCUUAUACUUCUUGAUUGUCGAAAUGAGUAUGGUGAAUUGUAUGUACCAGACUUCACUCAAGCAAUUUCUGGGACUGUUCGACAACGCCAUGGCGAGGUGAGAGUCUGAUUUAAUGAAAUGCGCAGUAGGCCGCUUAUCUAAAACUUUCGAGUGUCUUGAGAGACUCAUGAUCAGUUGUGGUUGAGGUACAAAUGGCUGCUCACAACGGGGUUAUUUUUUUCAGGUCUCAACCAUCCCCCAUUACCUCAAAGAGGAUACACAACAUUAUAGAUUACUUGACCUACGAAGUGUGGAGGUACUCGUGCCGUGGUCUGUAUGAGAAUCACAAGUUUCUGUUUACGCUUCUCCUCGCUCUCAAGAUUGAUCUACAGAAUAAGAAGGUCAGUAGUAUUUAAAUUGAAAAAGUGCUUCUUUUUCUCUUUUUGUCGCAUCCGACCCAAUAACAUACUGAUUUCGAUUUCAGCUUUGGAGGGCUUUUCGGUGUAUAAUAGUCUUGCGUAAACAAGAAAAGGGUGGAAGGAUUUAAGAUAGUAUGGUAUAAUAUUCAAGGCUAGGUUCCUAUGUGAUAAGCGUCCUGCGAACUGGUAGGACUUACAAUGCUUAAAGUGUCCUUUCAUGAGAGUCAGACGGAUGGUAUAUUUUAUGCUCGACCGUCGAGAAAUUAACAAUUAUUUCAUGAGCGCGCGUUAUAUAUCACAUUGUAAUAAUUCACGGACGUUUGGAUAUUUGGAGCCUUUUGUUGGCGCAAUACAUUUCCAUAUAAGGUAAAUCGAAAUAUGAUAACCAGAGACGAGUGAACUAAUCAGAGCAUUAGAAAUCCAAUUCGGAAAUUUUGUAAAGGAAGAUAUUCAUACACAUUCGUCACGAGCUUUAGAAUAGGAAAAUUUACGUAUCUGAUAACGAUGUGGAAACUUCCACGAGGGACUGAGUAGGUAUGAAAAUCUGAGGGAAUGUCUCUUAAAGCUUUAGCUUCCCCUUAAAUUAAGCAAGGUUGCUGGAAAAGGCCAGACGAAUGUUUUGUCGUAACUGGUGAUUGCAUUUCGCAGGUGAAACACAGCGAAUUCAUGACACUUAUCAAAGGUGGAGCUUCUCUGGACCUGAAAGCUGUCCAGCCAAAGCCUUGUAGAUGGAUUACAGAUAUGACCUGGUUGAACUUGGUGGAACUCAGUAAACUGCCGCAAUUCUCAGACAUAUUAAAUCAGGUACGAAUCCAUUUGUAGGUUCUUCACUCAGGGUCAUCGCGAGACAUUUAGCUUAAGUUUUCAAGUUGGUUAUUUGCAAUCCACGUGUUUAUUAGUGGAACAAAUUUUGGGCACGAAUGCGUAUUAAGUUUUCAGUCAGAGAAAAAAUCAAAGCAGGUCUUGGCAAUUUUUUGCUUCUUGUAUUGAUGAUAACAGUGUAGCCAUGUCACGUCAAACGAUCCAAAAUGGCGCCCACCUCGAAAUUCAAGCAUAACAAUCGACUGAAAUUGUGUCCAGUUUUUACAAAUUUCGGUUCUUGCUUCCCAAAUCUAUUUUUUUUAGUUAAACGGCGUUUAGUUAAACGCCAACAUGUUCGACCCGCUGCGUCAGAAUGAGGAAACUAAGAGCGUUUCUAUUUUACUGACGUCCACAAUUUCAUUAGUGCAAAUUUGUUAACUCUCAGAUCGCUCGUAACGAAAAACAGUGGAAAAACUGGUUUGACAAGGAUGCGCCUGAAGAGGCCGACAUUCCCGAUGGAUAUGCCAACUCGUUGGACACGUUUAGGAAACUCCUGCUUAUCAGGUUUGGUAUUAUCCUACGAAUUAAGCAUUCUUUGAGAAGAUUAACUUCAUCAUCGAAAACACGGCUCUUUAAAAAACAAAAAAAUCCUAAAUAAAAAAAAAAACAGACAAAAGGGAAAAAUAUUUUAAAUAUAUAUCACAUUUGUCCUGUGGAUGGUAAUUAAGGAAUGGAUACAAAUUGGGAGAAUGCAAUUAAGGUAUUUCCAGAAAUUUCAGCUCUGGGCGACGGAAACUUUGGGCGUCGAACGAAACCGCCCCUCAGUUACCAAUUAAGUGCUACUCAUAACAAAGCUACCAAAGCACUUGCUUGGAGCUAAGUUUUAUUGGUCUUCUUGAUCAUCGCUUGGUUAUUUGUUUGCAGUGUAUGCGAAAUAUUUUGUAUUUACACAAGCUGAUACUAACGGAUUAUGGUUUUCAUGACUUUAAUUCAAAUAAUUAGGUCUUGGUGUCCCGACCGAACCAUGGCGCAGGCGCGUAAGUACAUCGCCGAGUCGAUGGGAUCCAACUACGCUGAGAACGUUAUUCUCGAUUUGGAGAAGACUUGGGAAGAGAGUGACAACAAAACACCGCUGAUCAACUUCCUUUCCAUGGGCUCAGAUCCGACAAGUCUCAUUGAGAACUUGGCCAAAAGACACAAGUUCGGUAAGAAAUGAAUGAGACAAGGAGAAUUUUAUUAGCAAAGAGUUUGAUGAUAUCGAAGAUUUACUUGUUACUUGCAUCAAACCAAGCGAAGAUUUAGGAACGAGAUCGACUUCCCCACUUCCACUCUCCACUUCCCACUUGCGUUUUUGGGAAUCCAGGGAGGAUCUGGAAGUAACCAAUAGCCCUUUUACGCGAGUUAUUCUAAGAUUGACAUUUGAUGCGAUGUCGGGAUUUUUUCAACAGAACAUCAGUUUACAAUGCGCGAAGUUAAUGUACCAUCCUUCCAGGGAAGACCAGUCACUAUCACCUAGAGUCUUAAAAUAACUUGGGCCGGACUGCCUUUUUAAUAGGGAGAAAGACUGGUCCUCUCUUGACUGGAUAACUUUUAGAGUAAGAACUAUGAAUUUGGUUGUAAUGUCCUAAAACCAAUCUAUUUUCAUUUUCAAAUACAGAUUGCCGUGCUAUAUCUAUGGGACAAGGACAAGAAAUUCAUGCCAGAAAACUAGUCGGACAGUUUAUGCAAACAGUAUGUAUUCAGCUUGCUAGAGACACUAUCAAGGCAUUAACAAGGGGUUACCCACAGGCUAGUUUUUUCGGAUAGUUUUCGUCAUUCUAGUACAUGGAGAACUUGUGUUGGUAUUGAGAAUCGUCGGUUAUACGAUGGAAAGUAGAGUUUUUGACUCGUCACUUCACGUGGUAUGCAUCGUUGCUUACAUUGAUUAAGGAUUACAAUGAUUUACCUCUCAUGGUAACUUUCUACUAGAACUAAUGGUAUUAUGAUGAGGAAGAGGUCUACCGGGGCAUGGAUUACGAGAAAUGAGUACAGACAUUGGAGGACAACAUGUUCAUUGAAAUGCAUUGUUUGUUCUUUUAGGGUGGAUGGGCUCUUCUUCAGAACUGCCACCUUGGUUUAGAGUUCAUGGAUGAGCUAAUGGAUACAGUUGUAGAUACUGAGCAGGUUCACGACGCUUUCAGAUUGUGGAUGACCACAGAAGAACAUAUUCACUUUCCCAUUGGCCUCUUGCAGGUUUGUGAUCGAAACUACGUUUUCGUUUUUUCACUCAUCUUUUCUUCUUUUUAAAGGCGGUAACCCCUUCGUUUUUACCAGAAAAAAAGACUCUUUUCAAGCAGAGGACGAUUUAGAAGAAAAUUAUGCACAUGCUUCAAAAUAUAGAUUGUUACGGCCAUUCGAAAUAAAUAAAUUCAAACUAUUAUAUCAAAGGAAAGUUAUUUCGAUUCCUAGUCUGUAAUAAAAAUUAUAUGCUAAGCAACUCACGGUCAUGUUCUCUAUUCUUACAUUUAACCGACAGAUGUCAAUAAAAUUCACCAAUGAGCCUCCCCAGGGACUUCGAGCUGGACUCAAACGAACCUACAAUGGUGAGUUGAUUAACCCUUUACACCCUAAUAUCAGUAUACAUAUUUUCCAUACUAAUCUCUUUCCUUUUUUUAAGGUGCUGACAUAGAGAAUUUGUUCAACAGUCAAGACCUUUUUUAGUUGGUGCUCAUUUCCUUAAUUCCCAUGAUCCUAAUGUGUGAUUCAGGGGUGAUAAUGAAAGGAGAAAUUUGAUGCUAGUCACUCAUAGGGGUCAAAGGGUUAAGAACACUCGUUUUCUUACCUUAUUUUAUUUACCUACCGUUAUGAAUGUUUCCUUAGUUCCGGCAAUUCAUUGUAUUUUCAGGUAUCAGUCAAGACCAACUUGAUGUCAGCAACCUUCCUCAGUGGAAACCGAUGUUGUACGCAGUGGCUUUUCUGCAUUCAACUGUUCAGGUUAGAAUCUAAGUUUUGUCAUUUAUUACGUUUGAAGUUGUUGGCUGACUUCAGUUCCAGUAUUGAUGUAGUUGGCAUUGCAAUCAGGUGAUCAUCUGUUCUCUUGCAUGCUGGCGGAUUUUUUUGUUCAUACUAAAGUUUCCCUUUUUAUAUUUGCUCGAGAAAUGAUCAUUCGAACUCGAGAGUUCUUCCUUUUGAGUGCAAUGAACUGGAGCGUCAGCCGGGAAGGCGUCACCAUGUGAGCUUAACAAUGUAGGAUACAGUGACGCUUUCUGAUUCAUAUAAAAAAUUAGGUUCUCUUAGGUGAGCAUUAUUGAUCCUUUUUUGAACCAGAGAACCACCUUAUUUAAAAUGUAGCUUAUUGUUGAAACUCAAAAAGGAUUGCCCAAAAGUUGACGAAUUCAAAAUACGUCGACCCCAAAGCAGUUUUAAUUUGUUUCUCUUUGCUUCAAAGUACAGGACUGUUUUCAAAAACGUUUCCCCGCCUUUUUUUCUUCAGGAGCGACGAAAGUAUGGGCCAUUGGGAUGGAAUAUACCUUACGAGUUUAACCAAGCCGACUUCACAGCCAGUGUGCAGUUUGUUCAAAAUCACCUGGACGACAUGGACAUCAAAAAAGGCGUGUCCUGGAACACAGUGCGGUACAUGCUGGGAGAAGUGCAGUACGGAGGAAGAGUUACAGAUGACUUCGACAAACGACUGCUAAACACCUUUGCCAAGGUAAUUCACAUUUUUAAUUCACUUUGAGAUUGAGUCUAAACGGGAUUUGAAUCUCGGUGUAUGACUCUUGCUGAGAAGCAACUGCUAAGCUGUAUAGCAAGGUAAUUUUAUAUCAUCAACUGAGUUGGUAACGUGAAUUGGCCUACGUUAAGAGUUUCAAACCUGACGAUGACGCAAACGGAAACGGAAAUGGUGGCCAAUUUACGUUAUCAACUGAGUUGAUAAUACUAAAUUAUCCUGUUAUGCUCUCCCACCGACUCAGCACCACAGUUUCGUUAGAACGAAAAAGUUCAAAGUUAAAAUGUUAAUGAUGUUAAAAAUAACAGUAAGAAUAAUAAUGAUGGUGAGAUGAUGUUAAAAAUAACGAGAUUGAACAUGGCAACGAUGAUGAUAUUAAUGGUAUUAGUUACACGGAAAAUGAUAAUUGUAAUGAUAAUACUGAUUCGAGACAAUCACAAAUUUAAAGGUCAUGAGGCCUAAAAAACCCAAUCGUAAUUAGUUUUCUUCUCUUCUUAACUGCAUUCAACAGGAAAGAAAACGAGUAUCUACCUAUUCACAUACAAAUAUUUCCUUAUUACUAAAUACACAAACGGCUGAAAGGCGGGCAGAAAAAGUUUAAUUCUUGCUUUUUGGCGUCCGAGUAACCUAGCUUUAAAUCGCUAUUCCCAUGCUAAUUCCUCUUCAGGUUUGGUUUAGCGAGUCGAUGUUUCAGCAAAGCUUCAACUUCUAUAAAGGUUACACCAUACCAAAGUGCACGUCAGUACCGCAGUACAUGGACUACAUUGACACUCUUCCCCUUGUGGACUCCCCUGAGGUGUUUGGUCUUCAUCCUAACGCAGACAUCACGUGAGUCAUAUCUAUAACAACUAAUACUUUUCCACUAUCACUGAUACAGUCUAUUUCCUGUACAUUUAAGAACGUUAUUUUUCGAGAUCGCAAGUGGUAUAUAGGAAUAAAUUGCUGACAACUAUGUUUUUGUCAUGAAGUGUUUGUUGAAGCCGGACACCCUCAGAAAUCGACCUCUUUAUGUUAUGUUCUAGUUACCAGAGUAACCUGGCCAAAUCUUGCCUGGACACUAUUCUCAGCAUUCAACCAAAAGACAGCUCUGGUGGCGGUGGAGAGACCCGCGAGGCUGUUGUCCAACGGUUGGCUGAUGACAUGCUUGAUAAGCUACCUGAAAACUACAUUGCACAUGAGGUGAGCUGAAUGACUGCCUUUCUAUAAAUAUUGAUCGAAUGCGCUUUUUGUUUGCUACAUGUUUGCGGGAUUUUACUAACAGAAAGAUGCCGAAGUGGUGAGACAAAAUCCAACUCCUUGCUACCCCUUUUUUGUCAAGCAAAUAUGUUAACAGGAAUUGAAUGCAUUUUCCAAUUACCAUCUUUCUUGCUUAAUAACUCAAUUUGCAGUUUACGACUUGCAAAAGGCUUGUUCAUGUUUAACUCGCUUUUUGACUUCAUCGAUCCUGAUGUCAUUCAAAGGUCUCCUUUUGCUAUUUUCAGUUUGUGCACGUACGUCCCGGAAAACAUGUUUCUAUCAAUGAAAAUCUUGACUAUAGAUUGUAGUACAGAGUAUUUAAUCUUUCCAAUAACUUUCACAACUUGAACUCGACACAAGAAUUGCCAACUGCGAUGUUUGUUAGGUUUCAGAAAUAUGAAUAUAUUCUCAUUUUAGUAGUAUAUGAAAAUUGAUUAUCAGAAUUUACAUAGGAGGUUUCUACACUUGUCUUUGAAAAGUAGUUACAGGUAUCGUUCUAUUCUAGGUCAAGUCUAGACUACAGAAAAUGGGAGCUCUUUCUCCGAUGAAUAUUUUCUUGAGGCAAGAAAUUGACCGAAUGCAAAGGGUGAUAACCGCUGUACGGCAGACACUGACGGAUCUCAAACUUGCCAUCGAUGGCACUAUUAUUAUGAGCGAGGUAGGUUUUAUACAUUCUUACUCGGGUGAUUAGUUUGAAAUACUGGAUCCCUUAUUUCAGUCUAUUAACAAUAACAAUAACAAUACAAACGGGAGAUGAACAUGCAGGUCUGCGAUAGUAUUUUGUAAAUCCUGAAGAGUGAUGGAAGUGAUUCACCGAUACAUAAACGCAUCCACUGCCUGAACAAUGAAAGAGAAAUUCAAAUGCUUUGCAUCAUGAAGAAUUUCCCGUUCAUUCUACGUUUAGAAACUGUGUUCAUGUGCUGUUGGUUAACGAAUUAUGUUCAAGUCUCCAACCUCUUUAGGGUGGCGUUUUUCGCAUAUCAAUGAAAACAUUAUUGUCAGCAGAUGAGAUUGCAGAAUUCUUCGAUUUUUUUCCUAAUGGUACUUAGAAAUUGUUUUCUUCUAAAGGAAAAAUACAAACGCAACAACUGUUUCCUUUCGUUGUCACUACUUGCCUUGUUUGUUUAGAUUCCAACCCCGAGUGUGUGUGAGUUAUUCACAAACCAUAUCAAUUUCAUUUUGUGUAUUCGUUCCUCCCUUUUAGACUCUUAGAGAUUCACUUGACUGUAUGUACGAUGCCCGAAUUCCUACUCACUGGAAAAAGGUAUGAAAAACGAGGGAAACAUUUUUAAUGUACGUAGUGGGCGAAUAAGUUUUGAAUACUAUUAUUCCAGCAAUUUUUGUGCGAAUCCAGCCCGAGUCGUGUUCAAAAGCCCGGGCACCAAGCACACAACUCUAAAAAAUUUGUUGCCUGUUUCACCUUUUUGUAACUCCAGAUAUCAUGGGAAUCGUCCACGCUCGGAUUUUGGUACACAGAUCUGUUGGAAAGAAAUCACCAGUUUAGAGGGUGGUGUUUUGAAGGAAGACCCAAUGUAUUUUGGAUGACAGGAUUCUUUAACCCGCAAGGAUUCCUUACCGCCAUGAGACAGGUAAAAAUUUUAGGACGCCAUUACCAGUCCAGCGUAGAUUUCAUUCAGACGUAACAACCUCACAUUCUCUACUCGUCCCUUCCCUUUUGGGUAAAAGGAAAGGGCUGUCCAUGAGCCCAACAGGCUCAUUCUUUCAAAGAACAAGUAAACAAAUGAGCUAAAGCAAAUUUAACAAAAACAACAAACAUAUUGAAAGAAAAAAAGAGAAAAACAAACAAAAACACUUAUUUAUGGAAACUAAAGCAGUGGAGAACAUCAAACGAUAGCUUUUCCACUGGUGUGAAGAUCCCUGUAUCUUUUUUUUAUUAUUAAUUUGUUGUCCUUUGUCUUUAUUUAUUUAUUUAUUUAAUUCGUUGUCUUCAGCUAUGGAUGUUAUGUUGUGCCCGCAAUCCUAGCGCACCAAAACACGAACGGCCUAUCGUAGCUUAUCCGUCAAAUUCACGAUCAAGACCCCAUACAAAUUUCGAUUUUCUUAGCUGAGCUUGCAAAAGGAAAAUUCAAACACAACAUCUGAAUCAAUCUAUGAACAUUUCUCAGAUACCAAUGUGGUCAUUUUGCAGGAAGUGACACGAGCGCACAAGGGAUGGGCCUUGGACUGUGUGGUUCUCCACAAUGACGUCACACGGUUCUUUAAAGAUGACAUCGCUCAGCCGCCAGCAGAAGGGGUGUAUGUUCACGGGCUUUACCUUGAUGGUGCUGGGUGGGACCGGAGAGGCUGCAAACUGGUAGAACCCACUCAGAAGGUCCUAUUUACGUCUAUGCCAGUCAUUCACAUCUAUGCCAUCAAUACAACAGCCGGACGCGAUGCCCGGAUGUACCAGUGUCCGAUAUACAAGAAACCCAAGAGAACGGAUUUGACAUAUAUUGCAAGCGUGGACUUAAAGACCAAUCAGAAUCCAGAUCACUGGAUUUUACGCGGUGUGGCUUUAUUGUGCGACAUCAAGUAA